AAGGAUAUCGUCCGACAAAUGCGGCGCAGCCUUCGGUCUGCUUAGUCGUCCAGAGCUCGCAACCCGCGGAUUUACAAUCAACAAUUGACACAUAUUUCUGUCCGGAGAAACCUUUCUCUCCCGUCGGUAUAUUUUCUAAACAUGAGGUGAGUACAAAUGACUUGGAUACAGCAAGGUAACAUGUUUAAUUAGCACGCUAUUUUAGCGCCCCGGUCUACGCUGAAAAUCUGCCUUGCAAGAUGGCGACGUGGUUGAGAAUUCAAAGGUGAAAUACAGGCUGAGUUAGCAAGCUAGCGACAACAACAACAACAUCUUAAACAUUGUCUGAGCACACAGAAGGGAUAAAGCUGCAUGUAGUUUGUAGUUGACGUUCAUCACGUUGCGUUUGGGAUGCAUUUUCUACAGAGCACUUGGUCGCAGAAACAGUCCCAUCCCCCAAGAUAAGCUACAAAUCCAAAUGCGUUUAUAUGACAGUGUGGAGUUUAAAGGCAACAAUAACACAAAACAGCUGCAGCAUCUCUAACUGUUCAUGUCCAUGAGGCCUUUCAGCUUACCACGGCUGCUGGAUUUCUUCAGAAAUCACCACAGAAAGACCUGCAAGUGCUUUACAACUACAUCUACAGAAACUAAUGGUGGAAUAUAAGUGAAACAACACGUUUUUGAUUUUCAACUUUUAUCUAAAUGCUUGAAACCCCUUUGCUAAAUAUCAUGAUACUUUGGUGGAAGUGGAAACAGCAGAGAAAGGGGAGCACCCAGAGGCAAAAGCAGUCUCAGCCACAGUUGUCUGCAUGUGUGCUCCAUGUUAUAGGAGUAAAGCAGGGAUGCAUGAUAACUGAACUGUGUUUAGGUCACUGAAAUGGAUUAUGAUUUUGGAGCUCUAGCAAAUAAAACAGGUUAAAACUGAAGGAAGGAUUAUGGUUCCUCUUAUCUUUUAGCGUGGCUGCAGUAGCACAUUCAUGUGGGUACCACGUUAGUGUGCCCUAAUAGUUUCUGAGAAAAGGAAAUGUGAGUUAAUACAGUGAGGAGGCAAGUCCUGUCUAAGACCCCUACCCCACUCUCUGUUUUUAAUUGGGGCACCGAAGAAAAUAUACAGGGUUUCUAGUUCUUGCUUUUAUUUUUCAGUUAAAAAACACUUCACAGUUCCAAUUUCAACAGAAACAUCAUAAAACUUAACAAAAAGUGAGGUUUAGGGCGUCAACCGAGCUGUAGUGGGGAUGGCAGGGUAGCUUAUGAUGCCACAAAUUACUCAGCAUGUAGCUUACAUUGACAAUAAUACCACAAUUCAGUUAUUUGGAGAUACACUCUGUUUCAUUCACCAAGCUUAUUAGUUUCAGUUAAAGAAAGAUACACUACUGGCACUUUAUCAAAAUAUCCAUGACAUGUCAUAUGUAAUUUUGGUAACAGAGAAGUUGGCACUAAGCUGUGGCCUGAAACAAAAUAACAUAACGGCUUCCCGCCCUGGUUAUGGUGGAGGUUGUUGUAGCUUUCCAACCCUGAAGGAAGCAUCAAAAUGUCUUGGCAUGCUGGUCAAGCUGUAAAUCUUACCGAACUAAAUUAAAAACAAGAGAGCCAACUGAAUGCAAACUCAUUAGAUAGAUCACUGAGACAAUUGAGUCCAAGAGCCAAAAAUACGAUAAUGGUAUUAUACUAUUUCAACCACUGAGCUCAGAAGUUCCCAGUGUUUGUUUGGCAGGAUGUUUUUGCUUCCCAAAAGUUCCAUAAAUCAAACAAAACUGCCCUUUUUUCAGUUGCAAAGCAUUAUAAGUAAUGUAGUUAUUCAUAGUAUAAUUUUGUGUGCAUGCCCUUUUUAGUUAGGAAAUAAACCUGCUGCUUUCUCCCUUAAUAACAGGUUUGUGUAGAUGAAGUUAGAAGAUUGUUUCCAUUGUGAGACAAGCUUAGAUCAGAUUAGAUAACAACAGGGAUUUAUUUUGAAGUAAUGGAUAAUACAGUCAGAGUUUGAAACACCGAUGAUUUGUAGAUAUGUACAUCAUAUCAAGUAAGGUUUGAGAUUUUACCCUUUUUACCACAGCUGAUAGCAGUUAAUGAAAGUCCCAGGAAUUCAGGAUGUAUAAAACAUUCUUCAUAUGAAACAACACCCCAGCAUAUCACAGUGAUAGGUGGUAUAUUGUUUCUCAUGGAGAUAGAAAUGCAUGACCAAUUGAUAAAUAUGUAUGCUCUAAAUACUGUAGUUUGCUCCAAAAUUUAGAGAAGAAUUUGAUACCUAAUCAUCCACGGUGUUCAGGCCGCUCUAUUGCAUUUUCCCCCAAGAUAUUGUGAUUGAAAUUCAGUCUUUUAGAGUGUCCUGUAUGUAAAUAAAUCAACCUGAAACCUCUUCUGUUAACAUUUCCUAUCUCAACUUAUGAAAGAUAGUAACGAGGCCUGUAGCUUACCAAGCUCCUUCUUAACAUGGUACUCUGAGACGUAACUAACACCAGCAACACACCAAGAUCAUUGAAAACAAUAACCAUUCUAUAUUUGUGCCCCUCUUAAGUUUGGCAUCUUGAUACACCUCAUGUCCACAUGGUACAGAGACAGCACAGUACCUUAGUAAAAGUGUGAGAAAAUGAAACAAGAAAAACACCAAACCCUUUUUGAGAAACUAGGCAGUGGUUAAGUGCUGUAAUAGUCAAGCACAGAAGUGUGCAGGCGAUUUGUCCUUGCAGAAGCAUUUUUUAUGUUAUUUGACACAAACAUAGUAAACUGUCCAAGUAUUUUUAUGUUGCAUGUUCCUACAGACAUUUAUCAGAACUAAUAUUAAUAAGAAAAUUGCUGAUGAACAUUUAGCUUCCAAGAACAAACAAAACCCAUGCGAGAGCUGUUUACAAAACCUUAGAUGAUCCAGCCUCAGAUGUUUCACCUGGUCUUGUUUUUGAGCUAAAGAGCUCUUUACAUAAGCAAGGGUGGAAAGUUAAUGAUAUAUUUAGGUUGGUUAUUUUUUACUCCAUUAACACGUUGUGUAAUGAUUGAAUGGGUAAUUAAAUUUUAGUUCCCAUCAGGGUACAGCAUGCCUCAAGCUUGCACUGCAUCUUACCUGCUCUGGAGCAGGUUAUGCUCAGGAUAAGAGAUCAACCUGUAUAAAAACAACGCCUACUGACCAAUCAAUUCACUUGAUCCUGUAGCUCAUUGAGUGGAUUUCGAAUGGAAGGACAGCUGGGUUGUUCAGAGACAAAACACUUUGUUUUUCCUGAUCUUUUAAAUAUGAAAAUAUGCAUAUAUGAGAUGCGUUAUACUUUAUAAAAAUCAGAGAGUAAACCUACUCAUACCAAGGUCAGACUACAUGACCUUUUUGUCUGUUACGAUGGUCACUGUGUCACAUUAGACGAGCAGAGUCAUAAAUUUGUGCUGAGACUGUACCUGGCAGACUACAUAAUAAGAUCUGACCAACAUCACAACCAAUGUGAUGACACUGGAGGGAACAGAGGCUGAGCUAAACCACACACACUACAUACCUGCUGCUUUCAAUCACCUGGGUGCUAAAGUCUGUUUGCUAUUUCUAAAAUGAAAGUCCAGGAAACAAAUUGAUUUCAGGGAAUAAUCCACAGUCACUUUUAUCAAAUUAUUGAUCCUCUUGAGCGGCCAUGAUAUAGUGAGCUUUGAUUUGCCUGUACACACACCAGCAGUUUUUCUUUCUUGCUUUUAGCAGCUAUAGUGGUAUAUAGUCGGUGUGAACUCUCUGAUUUCCUUAUGUCAUAUAGUUUGUUCUGUGUUUCUUAGAUAUGCUACAUUGCUGACAGUUGUCUUGAUCAUAUUUCUUAUUGUGAAUUUAUUGUAAACCCCCAUGCCUUUCAUAGUAGCACGUCCAUGAAAGCCUUUGAUUGGCCUACAAGAGUUUAUAACUAGUGUUGUAUGAUUGCCAGCUCCAGUAAUGACCAAGGAGUAUCUGUCAGCUCAGCGGCAGGUGUCAGAAAGUCAUGUGUCCUCUUUAAUGUCUGCAAACAGAUUUUGACUUAAGACUUCAGAAUCUGGAGGUGAGGGAGGGAGCUAUAGCCGUAUAUAUUACUAGUAUAUCAGGCAUUGACUGUAGGAAAACAAAGAGGCACAAUAUAGUUUACCAAAAUGUAUCAAACAACCCACUUGAUUGGUUUAUAAUUGUAGGGAUUGUUAAACUGGAUACAAAUUUGGUUCCUAACAGAGAUCAACAUUUUCACCGUGUAAAUGCAGGAAAAAACUAGAAGCUGGAAAAAAUGGGUCUGAGGCCUAUUCUAAGGAGAAGCCUGAGCUGGCUGUGUGACUGCCCUGUUACCAUGAGCACUAUAAUGAAAAGCAAGAGGUUGCCCUACGCACAUACUGCUUUGGCAGUCAGUAUGCUCCGGGUAUAAGAGAUUAGAUGGCUGUGUUUUGGAUAAGACUUUAUUGUUAUGGUCAAAACUGAAAAAAAAGGUGAUACCAGUGAGAUAGUGCUCUUAGCCUGUACUCACCUGCUCAUAAACUCUGAAUUAUUCAGGAACUGUAUGAACAUAUAAAAUUACCAUUUAAUUCUAAGGCAUGUUCUUGUGUAAUGUUUUUGUGAAGAAGUUUAUGUGAACUUGAUAGCAUACCGUACAGUCAUAAGCUUCUCCAUAAGUGCACAUUCUGACAUCAUCCAUGACAGCAUUGUUUCUAUAAGGUUUACUUUUACACUGCUUGUUUUCAUUUUUCAGUUUAGAUUCAUUUUACAGCAUGUUAAAUACAAGGACCACUGAAGAUGGGAGUGUUAUCCGGACCUACAUUUCAUUAAAAGUUAUGCAUGUAGUGAGACAUUAGACAAAGUUUCGUUUGGAACGCUUAUUAACCUAAAUCAGUCUAGUCCACUCGAAUCUAAGAGAUAUAGAUGUGCGACGACUUUUUAAGAGUUUUAGGUGAAGGCAUUUCAGGUUUUGAUUCUCCUUAAUGUUGACUUGUAACAUGGUUGGUUUUUCUGUUUUGAUGCAGGUGGUUUGUGACUCUGAACAUGGUCUAGCUGAGGUCUGGGAUCUGUGAAGCAGCAGCAGCCCGCUUGCACUGAGCCAAGAUGUCCAGUAGCUCGGGCUACCCCACCAGCCAGGGGAGCUUCAGCAGCGAGCAGAGCCGGUACCCGCCCCAUUCUGUCCAGUACACCUUCACUGGCGCACGCCACCAACAGGUAAGACCUUCCUACUGCAUUGUUGUAAUGGACAGUGUUAGGGGUAUGACAAACUAAUGAUAUUAGCGAUAUAUUUGAAUGAAUGGUUGUCAAUAAAUAGGUUUCCCUAUCAGUUUGAUUCACCACAUCCCUACUUCAUGAAGCAUUGUGUUGAUGUUAAUGACAUAAAUAAAGCAGCUUGACCUGCACAGAAGACAGUGGAUGUCAGACAGCUUUGAUUAGAAGCUAAGUGAUGUGCUCGUCAUUCCUCAAACCCCCCCAAAAAGAAGGAAAAUGUAUUCUAGCUCUUUACGGUUAGACAGGAGGAAAGGUGAUGCACUCCAGCGUGCACCUGCCAUGGUGAACUUCACAGUACACUGAGUCCUACAUGACAUCUUAUUGACGAGCAGAGUUUUAUUGGUAUGCGCUCAUAUGGCAUUUGGCAUGUGACAUUUUGCUGCUGUCACUAUUUACAGAUAUUUAUAUGAAGCGCUAUUAAGAUAUUUUACACAGAAAAUAUUGACGCAGUGUUUUAGAUUCUUAAAUGUCAAGUUACGCCGUCGUAUGUCCUUUAUUUAUGCUACUAAUUUAUUCAGUGUUUGACGAGCUUUCCUCUAUCAUAGGUAAGAAUUAAAGUAAAACCAGGUUUGACCUUUUAGUGUGUCUUCCUAGAACCAAAUAUUUACCGCAGUCUCCGAUCCAGAGCAGUGUCUGUGUAGUUUCAGAUUCCAGCCAAAUACUGUCUGAUUGUUCUAAUAGCAGAUUUGGGCUUGGAAAUUACCUGACAUGUUGUAGUUGAUUAGAUUAAAGACUUUUGUUUUGUGUGGUAAAUCUUGAGUGAGGAACAUUUUUCUUCUUGAUAUUAAGGAUGAUUCCUUGAAUAGAGGUUUGUAAAGACAUUUAGGUCAGUUAUCUGGAAUCAUGCACAGUACGUGAUAUGGGAUGUGAGACACCUGGCCCAAAAUAAUGAUGAUGUUAUGCUACAGUAUAAAUGAUAUAUUGAAAUGCAGUCUCAUAACACAUUACAGUUAAUUAGAGAAUAUAAAAUGCUUCCAAAAAAGCGAGGUUCAGGAUUAAUGUAUUGAUUUGCUGUACUUUAAUGAGAUGAAUAUAGUUUUAGCCUUUGAUUGAGUCCAAAGAAUUUUUGAAAAAGCUGUAAAAUUAGUGCAAAAAAUAAAAGGCACAUGAAAAAACAAGUACAUAUAGUGCUAGAACAAACAUAACCAGCUUGUGAAAAUUAACCUCACAUCUUAUAUCUAAACUUGAAAAUAUAAACUUGUUUUUGUAUCAACCUGUAAUUUUGUUCAUGUUAUAGUUGCAGUUGUGAUGUCAGUAAGUAUAGAAAAGUCCUUUUUUAGUCAGCUUCCAUUCAGUCAGCCGUCAGUCAAUCUUCUGCCAAUGAGGCACCUCUGCAUCAUGCUGGUUUGUUGCAUGUAGAGAUGCAUUUCUCACUUACCCUUAGUAAGACUGGCAGUAGUUAUCUUGAAGCGUUCUGAGGUCGAUACAGUCCACCUGUCAGUUAAGGCUGCACAUUGCGAUUUUUUUCAACCCUGCGAUAUAUAUUGCGAUAUUAAAAAUAAAGGAAUUUUCACCAGAUGUCCUGAAUAGCAUUUAAUGUUGUGCUGCACCCCUGAAAUCUUGAGGACAGUUAACCUGCUCUGAUCUUACCUCUUUUUGUGAAUGUUAGAAUGGCUUCUGUCUGUCUCAGAGAUAUUUUUAGCUUUUAUUGUGCUGGGACGUUAUUGUGGCGACAGAUGAACACAGAACACGUGUUUUGGUCAACAUUAUCCUUCUUUUAACCGAAAUAAUUCCAGAUAACUGACUUUCCUUUUCUUCAUCUUCGGUGGUUUUCUCUUGUUCGUUGCUCAUUUUGCAAUCGUUGUUGUUGUUGUUAGCGGUGUUGUGCCGACAAACGCACGUCCUCCGAGAAUUGCAUGCACCUCGCAAAACGCGCACCGCUUAUAGUAGAGUGGUCCACGGAAAUAUACAUUUUAAAACCCAUACGGUUCUUAUUUGUUGGGCUAAACAGUCAGUAAAGUUCCGAAAGUAAUUCUCAGCGGACACGCGUUUCUGGGCUCAACACCAGCAGCCAGCGAGUACCUCCAUGUGCAGAACAUGUGCAGGGGUGGGUUUCCUCCUCUCUGAUUUUGAUUGACAGCUGGCAGGGUAGUCUGAUUGGCAACUGAGAACUGAGUCUGAUUGGCAACUGAGUAAAGGACAAAGGUGAUUGGUGGAUCGCUGCACAGCACAUGCAGAGUCACAUGGAGUGUAUCUCACUCAGCUACCCUUGAAAUAAACUGAGUUCAUUCACCUCCGACAUUGCAGGCUCUGUGAUGUGACUAUCGCACACACGUACAUCGCAAAGACGAUGCUCAAACGAUAUAUCGUGCAGGCCUACAGAGUAUCACGCUCUCUGCAGACUGGGGAGUGUCCUCCACCUUUCCCCAAGUCUCACCCUAAAAAUCUGGAAUAACCACUUCUCUCCUUCUGGAUUUCCAGUUUUAGAGUCCAUCAUGUAACUUCUUUUCACCUUUGUAAAACAUUUCACGGUCUUCAUUGGGUAUCAAGCAACCAAUUAACUGCCACUCAUGUUCCCUUGAUACCUGGUAUUGGCGCCACCGAGAGGAGUCAUGAUGAAAUAGUGACCCAGUAAGUCAGGGAGGGAAAUCUUUGUAUUCAGAGAGCUGCAUUCAUUCAGUUCAAAAAUUGACAUUUAGUCACAGUGCAUCAAUAGUUGUAUCACAAAGGUCAGGACAGCGAUUUGUUGCCGUGUCAACAUUUUGUUUCAUUCCCAUUAAUUACAAAGUCACAGGAGAAAUUUGACGCUAAGUUUGAUCAUGACAAGUUGUUAUUUGCCUUACAGCCUUAACCUAUGUUGACUAUCAGUUAAAAAAAGGUUGCAUUUACCCUUUUUGGUUUAUGAAUUUAUUUAUUUAUUUGUUUAUUUAUGUAUUUAAUUUUUUUUGCAGCAGCAGAUUAGCAGCUUAGCAAACAAUGACUCACAUGUUGACUUUGCCCAGCCCACAACUGAUUUUUCCAUACUGCUGUUUCGCGGCGGUAUAGCAAUGCCCAUCAUGAGACAUUACACUGAUCAGUGGUAACAAAGGCGGGAUGGAGGUAAGAUGGAGGUGUGAAGUGAUGGAGCAGGCAGGGCAGAACAGCACAGCACUGUGUCAGUGUGGAGCUCCCACUAUGUGUUUACAAACUGUGCCUCAUGCGACAUGAAAACACAGUCAGGAGCCUUAAUAUCAUCACAAUAUGAUUAAUAUUGUCACCAGAUGCAGGUCAAACCUCUAAGGCCAAGUGGCAGUCUCCAAUUGGAGAAGCACCUCUUUGAAAGGCCCCACCAUAAUCUGUUUUCUUUACUUCCUGAUGAAGGCUUGAUGCCAAAACGCGUCGAAGUUUAUUUUAAUGGCAUGAUCAUGUAGACCUUAAAAGCAAAGGCAUUUUAGUAUUAUUAAGAGAGUGCCUUGGAGUUUUUUUCUCUUAUUUUUUGCACCAAUAUUAUGCUGUUUGAGGGUGUGGUGUGUUAGCCUGGCCGGGCCAUCCUGUUGCGUGAAUCACUUGAUGUUGGGAAGGAACAUCAAGUGAUUCACGCAACAGGAUGGCCCGGCCAGGCUAGUGGUGUGUAAGUGUAAAGGUGUUGUGAUGAUUGAACUCUGUUGUAGCGCUGUUUUGGAGUUGCUGUGUAUAAGAGGCUAAUGAUUUGUUUAACAUAAAACUUAAAGACUUUUUUCUGCCAUAAAAUAGCUGCAGCUGCAAUAUUAGACAACCUGCCAGUAAAAGCUGUCUGAUUUUCAGAAGCUGGCUGAUGUGGCAUUUAUGAUAAGACUCACUUGUUUGUGAGUUAUUUCACCUUAAGAGGCAUGAGCUCCUUUUGUUUGUGUUUUAAUCGUCAAACUCGAAUACUGUCAAAAAGACACAGCUGAGAUAAAACAUUCAAUUCUUCUCUUAGUAUUGACCAAACAUUUCCUAAACUCAGCUCUUAGAAAACAAAGCCUCCACAGAGCUCUCUGGCUGCAUAUUGUUUCAGCGUUGUGAAUGUUGAGUAAUGUUGCUGGCCAUUUUGUAUGUCGUAUUUCUUAGAAGUUAACUUUCAAAGAAACUGUCAGGGGUCCACUUCUGGACAUUCGGAUUGUUUGCUCAGAUCUGGAAAAAAAAAAGAGACUGGAGUUGAGAAAUGUUUCCUGUAACCGCAAUUUGCUUGUUCAGGUUUGUCUGGAGGUCACGCUGUGCUGAUAGUGUUGAUGUGAUCUUUACCCAAUAACUUUGUGUGAAAAGCUUUCUUUCAUCUAAAACGUGUUGAUACUUUUUUUAAUCAACAAAAUGUAUUCUGGUUUAUGGGUCGGCGUAGAGCUGCUGAUUACAGUAAUUUGAUUUACUAAUCACUGAUGAAAAAGUCGCCCCACUUCUUGGCCAGCUCUGGUUUCACUCAGUGUUAUGAAAUGUGUUUACUCUUGUUUUCCUGCUUAGUUUUGACACCAUUUAAUGGAAUUUUGCUCUUUUUCUGAGCAACGCGGUAAUCCUGCCCAGACUCCCCUAACUUGCUGAGAAACGUGUGAAACUUGCUAGAGAGGGGUGAGCACAGUUAAUUAGUUUUUAAUUUUAAGCAAUUAGGCACCCAAAUGCUGACAUUGUGUCUUUGUUUUGUACUCAGAGCGACAGUUGCUGAGUUCAUUAACGAAUUCGGCCUUUAUUAGAUUUGGUACGGUGACAGGAAAUUAUGUUGGAUGGGAGGGGGGGCGUUCAACAAAUGGUUCCUGGCUGAACUCAAACCGGGGGAAUGACAAUAAAAUGGUCAAUACUUUUAGCCCCUGGGCCACCAGGAUGGUCCUCAGAUAAAUGCUAACAGCACCCAUAGCUCACAGUGGAACAGAUGAAGUUCCAGUAAAUGAAGGCAGAGUGAGCGUAUCGAUCAAAACGGAGGCAUAACUGUCACAUUUGAACGAUGUAGACACCCCGCCUCUUUGUCAGUGUGAUUUGUUGCUGCUACAUCUAUAAAGUCUGUUCAUUAUGUUCUUUUUGAUGGUCCUAUUUCUUGAGUUUGCGAGUAAUUUCUCUGAGUUGAGUUUGUUCAUUAGCUUGAAGUCACAAUAAGGGAACUUGGAUACUAAGAGGAUUUUGCUUGAUUUUAUGUUCCAACGUUUAAAACAUUGUACGGUGUUUGUGAUUUUGUCUCAGACUUUCUGCUGCAUUAGUUCAUUCCCUAAAGCGGCUAAAAUAUUACUUAACUCAUAUCAUUAUCAGGCAAUGAUGAUUCUUAGUGAUAGAGUCUAUACUGUUAAACCUUCUCCACAUUUUUCCCAUGUGUAUGUAUAGCCAUGACUAAUUAAAAAUCAUGCUGUAGGGCUUCAGAGGAAAAAAAAACAUCCUCUAAAUUGGAAGCACACUGAGUGUUUCUUUACAUACAGUCCUGCCUAAAACCAGGAACUAAUUAUUCUUUCAAUGACUUUAAAAUAACUUUUGAAAGAGACAGCGAGCGAAAGAGCUUGGAUGAAAGAGCAAGAGCAAAGGAGCGUGCCAUUACCCACAGAUGUCAGGGGAAAGGAAACAAAAACUGCAACUCAUGCGUAUGAAUUUGCAAAUGGUGCUCACAAUCUGCAUGCGGCUCUUUAUUUUCUGGACUCUGGGGUUUUGAAGCAUUUUGCAGCAGUCCACAGGUGAUUGAUCCUGAGAUGGACCUGUAAAUUUGAAAUGUUCCUAUCUGUAGCCGUCACCAUCUCCGUGUAAAUCUUGCGCACAGCCUUGUCAAAAUCUGCUGACUCUCUCUGUCUUCUGGUCAAACCCUGUGAUGCUGCCAAAUCGAAUGCAGAGGUUGUAUUCGGUGCUCAGUUGUCCAUUUUUUUUCUCCCUUUCCUGCACCUAUCAGACCGGCAGCUGCAAUGUGAUGAUGGUAUGCCCAUAAACUCUGUCUAAUAUCAUCUUUGAAAUAAAAUGUCUACUGCCUGAUAAUAAAAACAUUUUAAAAUCUUUUUACAAACAAUACAAGACACUGUGCGCAGACACAACCUGCUCCACUGCCGCACUGCUCACAGUCUCCGCUCCUCCAGUGCCAGCCUCACCUCUCCAGCACUCAGGAAGUGGCUUGAGUAUCUAAUGAAGUGCUGUAGAAAUAAAAUGCAUCAUUAUCAUAAACAACUGAAGACAACAACUUUAUUCUGUAUAAACCCAAACUUUUGCUGACCUUCAUGUGGGUGUUACAGCUGUAAGGGUGUUUGUACAUAGUGUUGCAGUCAGUGACCAACAUUUUCAGGAAUUGAGAAAUAGUAUCAUCCUGUCACAGACAAACCUGACUGCAUUACUUCACAAUGUUGUUUGCUGUGUCCCUCUGUCCUUUCAGGAUUUCACCGUCCCAGACUAUCGGACUCACAUGCAAGAUCCACAGGGUCGAAGGAGACCCUCUUUACUCUCUGAAUUCCACCCUGGAACUGAAAGGUAAGAGCUUAAUUAUAACUAUCCAGUCUGCUUCCUGAACACCUAACAAACAAAUGCAUCCUCUAAUUAAAAAAAAAAAAAAAAAAAGAUAAGGAUUCUUUAAAAAGAUAAAGAUUCUUUAAUAUUUUGGAGUUGUAUAGUAGAGUUGUUUUCCCCUCUGCACUCCCUCAGGGAUGCUGUCCUCAGAUUACAGUUUGGGAAUUAUGCAUCUAGACGAGCGGAUGUUUGCUCUAACAUAUCUGCUAAUUUCUUGUUUACUUUUGUUCUCCAGGCCUCCAGAGAGACGCCAUGGUUACGAACAGCAGUUUCACUCCAUCACAUCCCAGGCGGAGCACGAGGCCAUGGAGGCUAAAAGGCCUCGCAUGGAGACUAUUGCUGAGGCUCACAUCAACCGCACUCCUCCUACAGGAGGGGGUAUCGUCCUGCCCAUGACCCACUCAGUACAGGACAGUCUGAGAGCCACUGUGGAGGUCAAAAAGGUGUGACUUAUUCCUCACCAUCUGGUCUGUUAAAACUCUUGGAUAUUAAGUCAGCUGUCACUGUUUGCAGAACUUUAGAAGUACUGUCCUCACAAUGAAGACAAGUUUCUGUCUCCUCGAGGUGCUUAAGCCUGUAUAUGUUUGUAUUUUCUUUAAAUACACACAGUCCCAAGUUAAAGGUCCUAUUUUGAAUUUUGAAGUUUGCAGGAUAUAACCCUGUGUAGUGGACUUGAUCACUGUUUUUUUUUCUUUUCUUUUUCUUUUUUUUGUAAAAAUCGUGUCCUGUAGAUUUAAAGAAGUCUUAAUUAUUGUAAUUAUUACUUUUUAGGAGUCUCAGUUCUCCGUCAAAGUGGAGUCUCCAUCUCAAGGUGGACACGGACUUCACAUAGGAGAGGAGCAGGACACUUCUCCCUCCAAACUAUCCAAGGAAGAGCUGAUCCAGAGUAUGGACCGAGUGGACAGAGAGAUCGCCAAAGUGGAGCAGCAGAUUUUCAAGCUAAAGAAAAAGCAGGUUGGAAACCUCAUGAAAACAUCUUUUGUUUCCAAAUGUACAUCAAACAAAGUGUGAAUGACUUUGGGUUGCCAACAUUUUCAAUAUGUUGGUGUUUUUCACCAAAAGCUGCAGCAGAAGUGAAAGAAGGAGACAAAAAUAAUCAAAUGAGAUACAGAAAAUAAAGAGAGCAAGUGGCAAAAAUGGAAAGAAACAGUGAACAGACAGGGAAAUAAGUUGUUACUCUGUAAUUGUUUCACAGUUAAUAAAAGAACCAGAACCAUAAAAAGAUUAAUAGAUAUACCCUCAGCUUUGAUCAAAUGUGCAGAAAGGUGUCUGAUUUUGUAUAUUUCCAUCUCCUUGCUUACUGUGAGUCUCUGCCCUCGUUCUAGCUACUACACUGCUACUAAAGUUCGUAUAACAUACGAAACAGAUACACUUAACAUUUAUGUCUGUUGCAGGCAGAGAGCAAGCAAAGCAGAGAUACAGCAGUUUCACAUAGUUCCUGUUUGUUUUGAUUGUGUCCAAACUCUGGAGUGUUUAUAGGAAGUUUGAAAAUGAAGAUGGAAACUCAUUAAGUGACCUAGUUGGUACAAAAAUUAGAGCGGAUAGUGCACUCUGCACAUGCACAGAGUCCCUCACACCUCCUCAUUCAGAUGAAACGUGUUAUUUUGGCUGCAUUUUUAUGAGGAAAAAUCUGAUUUUGCCUUUCAGUGGUUUUAACUGUAUGUGAGACAGUUGUUUGUUUACAAUGAUCAAUGUGCAGGUUAGUAAUCAAAGACAAUCUGGACCUCAAACACCUAAAUCAUCACACAUUUGUACUUUUUCAUGAUAACCAAAGAAUUUACUUCAUCUUGGGUCCACAUUAUUUUAAGGAGAACCCUCCAUAUUUGUACUCAACUACAAUUAACAGAUAAUAUUGGUAACAAAACCGAUAGUGCCAUGAUUGACUAUUACUGGUAUUGUGUCAAAUUCAAAAUUGUACGACUACUCUAGAAACAGCUUUACUUCCUAUUUCAUGGAUAACUCCAGAGAGACGAGUGAAAUGAUAACAACAACAAUAGGGCUUUAUUGGGUAAAUUAAACAGAAACAGCUGCUAAAGAAACAAAAGCUGUAAAGAUGUAGUUAAUAUUUCUUGUGAUUUGACAAGAUGUGGACGUACUAAAAGGACUUUACUUGCAUGUCAGUGAGGUGUUACUGAGUGUUCAUUUCCUCGUAGUUUGAUCAAACCACAGUACAAAAAGACUUGUUAUGAAGACACUUUGACAUAGACACUCUGGGCAGGAUGUGAGGCUAAACUGACACUUUGGAACAAACUUCAGUUAUUUAGUGACCCCCAUAUGCUUUGUGGUCUUUCAACAGUCUUGUUGACCUUAUUUUACCUCCUUGAGGAAACCUAUUCUACUUUCUGUGAUGAGAGAGUCAUUGUGAGCGCAGAAGCUCCUGCUGGAGCCAAGUUUAUAUAUUGUAUUAAAUCUAUAAAUGUAUAGGUACAGCAUAGUUAAAGGUGCUUGAAUACUGAAGACUGAUUGGAACAGCACACUAUGAUGGUGCAGACAGCCACACCGCAGCUCUGCCCUCACAAUUAACCUACAUCACAACUCAGAAUGAAGGACACUUUGCUGAAGCUGGUCUCUGGCUGUUGUAGAUUUAUCAUAAUAAUAUAAACCAGGCUUUAGUCCUUAAGGCUCCUUCAGUUGUAGUGGGGUUUAGAGAUUUUGAUGGCAACAGCGCUGUUUAUAGAAAUUUGUAUAUGUGCUUUGAGAUUUGUUUGCACAUACAUGUUUAUGGCCCAUUACCAAGUAUGUGUUCACAAAAACAGUUUGUCUUUUCCUAAUAAGCUGCUUUCAAAAACCAAAUCUCCAGAACUGCGUGGUAACUCAUUUAUUUUCAUCAGCUCAUCUGUCUUUUUUAUUCGAUUGUUUUAAUUAAGUUUGAGGUUGUUUUCCUCUGUUAUCAUUUUUUGAAUUCCCUCUCAUUAGAUAGGAAUGUAGGCCGAGCGUGACUAGCAGAGGGUACGGCUUUUUUUUCGUUUCAGUCUGCGUUUCACAAAGAUUUAUUUGUUUGUUUAUUUGAAGUAUUUCAGGAAUACCUUGAAUCUUGUCUCUGUAACCUGGUAGUUGAGAUAACCUUUAACUCGUAAACAUUGGCUAACCAAACAGUCCUCAGUUCAGCUUGUCUGUCGGCGUCAGCAGUGGCCUCGAUGGCAGCAACCCGCAGUUCUGUUAUAUGUGAACGAGACUGCAGAGAUAAUCUGGUACCAGCAUGGAUCUCAGAUAUCAUGGGUUCAGAGUAGAUCUACAUGGUGCCAAGUCUGAGUCUGUGUUUUUUCAGAUGUUCUCAUAUUAAUACAAAUGUAGUUUAAAACCAAAACAAAAGUUUAAAUGGGUCAUCACGUACGUAAGACAGUAAGCCAAGAUUGUGUCCCUGUUUAUAUUGGUGUGCGGUUUAUUCGUGUAUCAAUGGUCAAAAUGUUUUCUGUCAUUGCUGUCUCCUAGCAACAACUGGAGGAAGAAGCAGCAAAGCCUGUGGAGCCAGAAAAGCCAGUGACCCCUCCCCCAGUGGAGCACAAGCACCGCAGCAUCGUCCAGAUCAUCUAUGAUGAGAACAGGGUAAGUCAUCUGAUGCAAACACAACAACACACACGCGCACGCACACACACGCACAUACACACACCAACAACAGGCAUCAGCUCUCCUUGGACAUUUUGUUUGUGUCCUCCACAAAGGCAGCUUUUGUUUCAUCCAUCGUCUCCAUGCACCAUAAAAGCUGGAAGAAGUUACUUUUGUUUUCCAUUGGCCUGGGUUAACUCCCUUAAAACAAGUGGAGCCAUUUCAAGCUGAGGACACAUGCAUCUCUGCUGUGUCCUCACAGUAGGGGGUAACCAUGGAGUCUAUUCCAACCACUUACUGUCUCUCCCCUCAUACUAAGCUUUUCUGCACUUAAAUUUUUUUCUGAACAUGUGUCUUUAAAUAUAUCCAUGUUCAGCUCUCUGUGCUUUUUUAGCCUUGAACUGAGUCUGAGGUGGAGGUGGAGUUUCGGUUCCCAUGAUGAGCCAGUUUGAGUUAUCAGUCUUGGACUGCCUUCAUUAUUGCUUACAGCAAUGUCUGAGCAGAGAGAGAGACAAGCAGAAGCAUGAGCUCGAGUAUUUUAAGGGUAAAAAUCUUCAAUAAAAAGGGUGCACAUGACACGAUAUACGCAGCCCCUUCAGGGCCUGAUGUUUUCUGGAAUUAUCCCUCACACAUGCGCCUCACAGAGUUGGGACUGUCGGGUAGCUCAUGCAGGGAGAAAGAGGGGGAGCCUUUAGUAAUAGUGGCUAUUUCUUUGUUAAUUUCUCAACAACCUAUAUAAAUAUGUUUCUGUGAAACAAAAGCAGCGGUAGAAAAGGUUAAACUGAAGAAUACAUAGUAGAGAAACUCAGUAGCACCUUUCACCCUGCCUGUUCAGGAUGUAAUGGCUUAACGUCUGUUACGCGUCACUGUCAGCGUAAAAGCACGGAGGCACUAUGUUGGGGUAAAAUCACUCUGCCGCUGAGCCAGCAUCACAAGAAGUAACAGAUGCAUAACAGUGGUGAGGGGGCACCAUUUGUGCAUUUGAGUGCUGCUGUCUUUGUGAGAUCCUGCUUGAAGUUCUUAUCAUGGUAUGGUCAGCAUGUAUAUCUCCCUGUUAGGUGGGGGUCUUGAUAUUGUGGCCAUACUUUACAACAUUUUGAUAUAGUCAAAAGAAGCUUCAGCCAACCUCAUGUUAACUGGAUUUGAGUCAGUAAAGAAGUAUAGUUUUUAUGAUGUAUUUGGGAUUCAGAUGAAACUCAUGUAAUGUGAAAAACACAAGAAACAUAGACAUUAAACCCAGAGUUAUGUUGAGGAAACUUAAAGUCACAAAGUACAGAGGACAGUGAAUAAUUUCUAAGUUUGUGUAAAGAUACACAACACAUUCUCAUGGGUUGAUUUUCUGUAAUUUUUAAUAUGAUCAUAGAAAGAAUAUUCAUUCCAAUGUUCAAAUAUUGUGCUGUCAUAGUUCACACUUGUUCCUCAUGUACUUCUUCACAGCCAUAACAAUGUAUAUCAUAAACCAGGGCACUAAUGGGCCCAAUAUUGAAAAUGUCCUUGCCUGCCUACCAGCAAAAUGUUCCAGACUAUAAAUUUCCACUCUAACAAAUCACCAGCAUAUUCUUCCAUUUACUGUUCACUCUGACAGUAUUUUAGGAGGGAAUUGUACAUGUGAAAGGGGUUCAAGUAUAAUCAAUAGCAGCAUAUGAAAGGGGAUGUUUGAAUUUUCAAAAAUUACCUUACACAGAGUGUGUAAGUGAAAUAUCUUCAGUUUUUUUAAACAUUAUUGAUGUUUUGUAUGUGAUGUUAAACAGUAACUAUGUUUUUGUCACAUAUUUCCUCAUUUAUUUUUGUUGGUCUUCUCCAAAAAUCAAUUAAGAAAACAUUAAACCAACAGUCAAGGGCAGAGGCGGGCCUCAUUAUCUGUAUUUCAGCUGAACAAUGAGAAAGUGAGCGAGUGUGUGUUUAUGGAGGUCACUGUAGUUCAUUUCUGACAGACAGUGUUGUGGUAGGAGAGUGCUGAGACACGCCUUCCUUCUCAGUCAGCCAUUAACCCUUUAGGCCGUGGAGCUGCCUCUGCAGUGUGCAGAGCAUUCAGUCUGGCAGCUGUACACGCACCGAUCCAGGAAUACUGCUGUUGCUAACCCUCUUAAUUAUGCUGCUGCGGGUACAUUCUUUCUUAAGAUGUAUUUAUAGUUUUUUUUUUCUUGUAUUAUGGGUGCUCCUCUCAGGCAGGUGCAGCUGCUUACUUAUGAAAUGUAUCCGUUGCAUAGUUUGAGGGCGAAUAACUUCAUCUUAAAAUGUUUAAAAAAAAAAAGUAUUCAUUACUUUCUGCUCAGGGCUUGAGGCUUUUGUAAGAGGUUAUUUGUAGUUUAUUCUACCCUUCAUUGUUAUAGAAUUUUAUCUACCUUUGUUUAGGAUCACACACAGCAGUAUUAGUAACCAAUUUGAGGAAAUAGCAUAUAAAAAUAUAGGGGGGUGAUAAGACGAUAACGAUAUAUACAUUGAAAAUUAAUUUCCCUCAAUAUCAAUAUAAAACAUGGGCAGUAUGCUUUUUGAUAGUCAGCAUUAUACCAUGCUUUGGUAGAAUAGCCAAUGAAAAGGGGAGUUGCUCCGGGUCCACUUCGUGCUAAACCAAUCAUGUGCUGAAUUAGAACCAAGUAGCAAACAACUGCGUAGUAGCAGACUGCUACUACCUAUAGCACUUUAACACAUGAAGCCGGCAGUCGGUGAGAAAAAAAGGAAAUGAGUGCUAACAAGUGCGAAUGCAGAUGAAGGCUCAACAGAGGAUGACAUCGUCGACAACACUGGCACAAAAACGUUAGUGGUGUGGAGGUAUUUUGUUUUUUUUGAGGUCAGACAUGAGGCAAAGUUAAGUGCACUGGAAAUUAGAGCUACGCCUUGAAGAGACACAAAGACCCCACAUAUGCGGUAGCUAAUUGUAUUGCAAAAGACAUGCUACCAAUGAGUACUGUCAAAUUUCAUUUUUUAUAUCGUGAUAUAUAUCGAUUUUGACUGAUAUGAAAAAAAUAUAUUGUGAUAAACUUUUUCCCAUAUUGCCCAGCCCUAAGAGUAAAGUAUUUUCAACCAAUGCCUGUCUGCGGUCUUUGAUUCCGGUAUUUUUGUUGUAUGUGUGAACCAACAAAAAUAAUGUUUGUAUCCACUACAGUUAGCAGCACUUGCUAUAUAUGAUAAUAGUACACAUAAUGGUAAACAUAAAAGGGGCAUCUGUAGGGAAAGUGAGGUUUUUUUCCCCGCUCAAAUUAUGCCUCCUUUUUGUUUAGGUGAACUUUGUUAAUAAACCCAUCCUUUUGUUUUAUCUUUUAGAAAAAAGCAGAAGAAGCGCACAAAAUCCUGGAAGGUCUAGGUCCUAAGGUUGAGCUGGUAUGUGAUUUAAACGGUUAAUAGUGCAUUUUGUUCUUGAAUGAGCCUUUAGGAAAGAGUAAUUCCAAGCUCAGCAGCUAGUUGUUGAUUACUGCUUGCCUAAUGUAUAAUGACUGAUCCACUGCGUUUCUUUUUUUAGCCCCUCUACAAUCAACCUUCAGACACUAAAGUGUACCAUGACAACAUCAAGACGUGAGUAUCUGCAUUUUGUUACAUAGAUUUGCUUCAUGAACAUCUUUUUGUUUUGUAAAAAUGCAGCAGCCUCUCAGCAGAUAUGGUGUCCAGCAGGCUAACAGGAUAGGUAAGGUCUUAGCUUAGGAAAGUGUUUGAGGUAAUGCUGACAAACAAGCCGAUAAAUCUGUCUAAUCUGAUUGCUGAGUCACCUGAAUAGACUGUCCCACUGACACCAAGGAGAGAAAGGAAGUGAAAGAGCACACUUGUGUCUAAAGCCAGGUAGUGUCAUGGGGUUGGAGGCCACUCCGUCUAGGAUCAAGCCUUUAUCAGUGUGUACCAUGAGACCAGCCCAUCUGGCUCAGUCUGUUAUCAGGACAGAGACCACCCUUGUGUGAAUCUGCUGUACAGGCCACACUCUCAGGGUCACCUCGCUCACUUUUCUCUGCCUGCAGCCACCAUCAUGUGUAAACAAAAAAGUUCCCAGUAUUUUGUAACAGUCACGCUAAAGAUAAAUAAUGAUCUGUUCAUGAUUUGUUCUUUUUGUCAGUUUCUAUCCCUCGAGAAUGUUUUUAUUUAUAAAAGUACACUUGUUUCCGCUGAAGAACAAACUCACUUCCCCCGUCUCACUGAGUGUUUGUUACUGAAUGUUUCUGGGGGGCAUUACUUGUUUCAAAUGUUAUGUAACCUUUUAUACUGCCUGGUAAAUGCCUCAAUCAUGUUUUUUUUAAAGAACAAAUAUCUUUGUUAUGCCUGUUUUACUUAAUAGUUUUAUUCUCAUCUAGGAACCAAGUCAUGAGGAAGAAGCUGAUUUUGUUUUUUAAGAGGAGGAAUCACGCCCGCAAACAAAGGGUAAGUGUCCCUCCCCUGUUGUUAGGACAAACUCUGGACACAACAUCAACCACAUCAACCAGUGCUGUGGUCACUGUAACAAUCCUUAAUGUUUUCACUCAGAUGUCCCCUGCUGAGCACAGGGAGUGAUGUUGUAAUUGUUGAAGCCUUUGAAUUUGGUGUACGGCCUCUUCAUGUAUCACAACUAGGGAUGUGUGUUGAGUUGACUAAACUAUUGAAUUUUGCCACUCUUAGUUCUAACUGUACUAAAGAGGCUUUCUGGUUAAACAAAUUGACGAUUUUUUUAUCGGUAGUUCUGAAAUAUCUUCUCUAUUUUAGGCUUGAAAUGUUGGCCACAUCAUGUGUCACUGCUGUAGUGCAGUAAAAUUACAGUGUGUAGGAAUGGAAAUAUUAUGACACGGAUGCAUGAUAUGUCUGGUCCUCUAAUUUUUUACAGUCAAAAAAAUUCUAUUAGCAGUCAAAGAAUGUUUCGGGGUCAAAAUGUGUUCAGAAGAUGUGGAGAGACUCUUAUAUUUGGAGCACAGUACAGCUUGAUACAUGCAGUUAGGAACAAACCAUUCACCUGUAGUGUCCAGAGGAUUUCAAGUUUUACAGACAGACACAAGAAGGCAAACACUAAUAUGUGAUUUCCGUGUCUAACUGCUCUUUGUAGCACUGAAUCUUCCUGUCAUCUUAAUACUUAUCAAAACAAUAAAAAUAAGAAGAACUUUAUUAAUCCCCGAAGGGAAAUUCAGUUCAGGUCUGUGGUUGAUUGAAUGUCCACAUUAUUUUAGUUUUUAAAGCACACUAAAUGCUAAUUAGUUAACUUAAUUUGUAUGUUCAUAAAUCUUUUUAAACAAUAGGCAACCUCUAGUGUUACACACCAUUUCCUCAACUGUGUGUUUCUGAGAUCAAUAUGUUUGGGAUUCUGCUUCUUUUUGUUUCUACAAACUUGAGACACGGUGGUGCAACUGUGGUGUAGAGCAGUAAACUUAAAACACCACUGAGGUGACGUUUCUGGGACAGGACCCCUCUGUUUUACCAGUGCCAGCACAUGUUGACAUUUUAUCUCCGUCUGAGGGGAACUGUUGCGUUUCUAUGAAAUAUCUGCAGCUCUGGCAGUAACACUUGGCUUUACAUCAAAGGUACUUGAGGUCAUUUAGAGAGGGGACAUGAAUGUCUGAACCACAUUUCAUGCUGAUCUGUUCAGCGGUUGUUGAGAAAUUUACCUCAAACCUCAAAAGUCAGGUUAAUGCCAGGGAAGUCAGGAAAUCACCAAAGUUGACAGAAAUUCCCCGUGGGGCAUGAACAUCUAGAAAAUUUCAUGGUAGUCCGUUCACCAGUUUCCUCAACCCAGGAGGUCAGCUGAAUGACCAACAUUGCCAUCUUUUGAUCCACAUUGCCAGCAGAGAUAUUAUAAUAACACUGAUGUAUUUAAAGAACAGGAGGAAAGGCCUUGGUUUCCCCUGUUUGUUGAGGGGUAUUGUGCAGGCUAAGAGCUGCUUUUGUCUGAAGUAUAAUAAAAUAAAUAGAGUAGCAUCAAAGAGCAGGUCUGAGAAAUACUGUCUCUCUCUGUCUUUCUUAUCAGUAGUUGAAUAUUUCAGAGUCACCCCAUGUUGAGUCACUUAGCUCCAUUUUUUUAAAUUGCACCGGAUCACUGAGUCCCACCUUUUCCCUGUCGGGGUCAGACAGACCUCAUCGACCCUGAACAAUGGCAGAGUGCAGGUGGCUUUGUGCCAAGAGGAAGGUGAAUUGUUUGUCUCUCACUGCAGAGUGGAAACCAGGCUGUAUUGUGCUCUCAGUACAGGAUUUUCUCCACAUCUUCACUGAACAUUUUAACCCCCAAAUCUCUGGAAAUCAGCUUGAUCUGAAUAUUCUCCCAAAUUUCAGGGGUCAUGUUAGGUUUCAGAGCCAGAUCGUUUAACCUCUUCCCCUGUAGGCCCAAAAUAAGCGGAUAAUUGUAAACCAUUCUAAUUUAAAACAUAUACAGUACAUCCAAAUGCAGAUUGAUGUGUAAGCUUAUGCAACAAAAUUGUAAUGAGCUUUUAAGAGUGUUUUGUAUUCAGAAUAGUUGCAUCAGUACAAACUGUGCCCGAGCUGGGACACUGAAUUAGGCAACAUGAAAGACAGUCGCAAACCCACAACAAACACACCCAGUUCCUGAACAGCGUGUACUCUCUCAACUCUGCUCACACUUCAAGUUUCUACAGCAUGUUGCGUUUUAUUUGUUGUCAUGUAACCUCCAAGAGAUUAACUGCGGCACUGACAGGUUUAUUGGAGAAAUGAAAUAUGCAAUGAUGCACUCGUGUUCACCUUGCGACAGCAGGAGCGAGACACGUCACACCGUUUGUUACUUGGCAGCCCAUUGGUUAGAUUUUAAUGAUAGUUUUCUAUAUUUGCAUCUAGUUUGUGUUUUCUGCCCUGUGAUCGAACCAUAUUUUACAUCUCCUACAUCUUCGACUAAUUGAGCUUUAUGUCAGUUUUGCACUUGGAUUUGCUCAUUUUGUUUGAGAUACUGUUUUAUUCAAGCAACCUACAAGUGAUUGAUAGGAACAAAGGAUCUAAAUUCUCUCUCCAGUGUUGUAGGAUUUUCAUUUAGGCAUAUGAAAAUAUCAGCUCUCUCAUGACACUCUUAUGCCUUGUGGAUAUUUUGGCAAGAAGCUCUCUUGGCUUUCACUGCAGUGAUGGAUGCCCACUCCUACUGAAGCAUUUUCCAUUCUGCGCACACAGGAACAGAAGAUCUGCCAGCGCUAUGACCAGCUGAUGGAGGCGUGGGAGAAGAAGGUGGAGCGAAUGGAGAAUAACCCCAAACGUAAAGCCAAGGAAAGCAGAACACGGGAGUACUAUGAAAGGCAAUUCCCCGAGAUACGCAAGCAGAGAGAGCAGCAGGAGCGCUUUCAGAGGUAACAGCUGCCACCUGUGAUUGGUUGUGGUUUGUUCUUUGUUCAAAAACACACUGUUACAAAUUACUCUCAUUUUUUUCAGGCUCCCUCUUCUUUUCCAUCCAAUAAAGUGGUAUACGUAUCCAACAUAGUAGUUGGACUUUGUUUUUAUACGUGUCUGCAACUACCAGUACUUAAGAUUAUUGUUGGCAGUUUUGUUGGCUUCCAGUCACUCACAGAGAUUUUUGUUUUCAUCAGAAAGAGGAAAAGAAGCAAGUGUACACGUUGUGGAAGCUGAUUCAGUGAUUCUUUUGUCAUUUUUGCUGAAGAUAUUCAUCAAAAAAUCUAUUACAGUUUUCACAAAUACAUUCUUUGUCCAUUUUUUUGCUAGGCUCAGCAACGUCAGGGUUACCAGCAAACGUUGGCAAGAUUCUGAGAAUGAACCAGAAAAGUAUUUGUUUAUCAUUAUUACAAAAAAUUGGGGUACUAUUGUUAUUCUUUAAACAUCUCUGUGCCAUUCUGGUGUGAUUACCUUCCUUCCUUUAGCAAUUUGAAGACUCAGCAUAUUUGCAGUGAGUGCAAAGGUAGAUCAUCAGCAGUUAAGUAUGGUGAAAGGCAGGGAGACUAAUUGACUGUCUCAACACAAGGACACAGAUUUACUUAAUGCCUGUGGAAACUUAAUGUAUCAUGAUUUCAUUUUUCUCCUGGUUUAUAUGUACGUUUUCUGAGGGAAUAUGAAAGUAAACGUAUCAAUGUACGCAUUCUCAUUGGUCAGUCCCUAACAUUCCCUGACACAUGCAAAGCAGGACAACUGGCAAGAAAAGAGAAAUAAACAAUAACGAAAUAUAAAACUUGAUUCUAAGGGAAAAAACAUAUUUUGGAGUGGAAACAGUUAUGAUCAGAAAGAACCAUCAAAUAAUGAGCAAACAAGUAAAAAAUAGCAAACAUGUAGGAAGACAAAGGGGCCAAGUCUAACGCCAGUAGUUCCACCCACUGAGCAGACACCUACAACCAUAUCUGCACCUGCGUCUCUUUCAAGACAUCAGCACAAACUGCAUAUACAUAACUCCACAAAGCAGUAUGAUUAUUGCUUGUGUGCCGCCCAUGAAUAUAAACAAAUGGAAACAGGCAGACACAUAGAUGAAUUAUUAUAAUAACCAAUCUAGACAGGAAAAGUUAUCAGUUUAUCAAUGGCAGCUACUAAUAAUGAAAGAGCAGGUGACCGAUGAUCAAUAUAUAAUGACAUUACCUUAUUGGUGUUUUUUUUGUUUGUGUUUUUGCAAUUGAUAAAAGAUACGGACAAAUGAGUUACAAAGUUGCUAAGCUUGAAUGAACAUUUGAUCAAAUACAUAAAAGAUGAUAUUCCUGAUUUCUGUAAUUCUUUAAAUCGACAAAAUACAGGAUGAAUAUUUGGGUAAAAAACCUCAUCUGUAAUUCAAAAUUUCUGAGCACUCCACAAUCUCAAACACAGGUUAUCAUUGCCAGUAACAUUUUUUAGGUGGAUUUUUCAUUACUUUUUUAAAAACAAAAAAUACUUUGGGUAAAACUUUAGUUUCAAGUUAGGAGAUGGUUAAACUGCAUCAUUCCUCACAUCCUAAAAGACACUGUGACCUCAGCCUUCUGAACUCUAUUGUCUGUGUGAUACAGGUUAAUGGGCUGACUGAAUAAUCGCUCUAUUUCUUCUGUAUAGAGUAAGAGUAUAGAGCCCUACUCUCCCACAACAGUAGCCUUUUUCACUUGUUUGAUACUCCACAGCUCAGGACUGAAGCUUUUUGAAGUAUUUAUAAUGUUAAAUAAGCAAGCAACGCACAGAUAUUAAAAUAGUCUUUUUAGUAUUUAUGAUGUUCGGUCAGUUAUCACCCAACUAAGGGCGCUGAGAGGUAUUCAGUGGCUUGCUCAGACAGACACACUGCCUGCAUGGGUGUCUCUGGGAAGGGUGGGAGACAGGAUCAGGGUCUGGUGUCUAGUCGUGCCUGACGCUGUGUUUUGGUGCUCUCAUUGAAAUCUCCAAGUAGGAGUUUGCAUGCCAGCACUGUUUAUAAAAACUGCAUGACCGUGAAGGAGGAAGCAAGAAAUACGUGGUCAGGCAGACUCUUUAUUCAGUAAUAAUGUGUACAAUGAUUCUGUUUGUUCACAGAGAUUCAAAUGAUCCAAAAAUUGUCUCAUUUUAGUAGCUUGACUCUGGAGUUCAUUGGAAACUACAUAAAUCAUACAAAUUCAACAUUUUAUAUCCUCUUUAAAGAGUGGAAAAUAGCUGAUGUUUCAUUGAACUGCCCACAAGUUUAAUGUUGGUUAUGUAAUAGGUUUCUAAUAAGUUGUGUCUGUGUUUUUUUUUCAGGGUUGGGCAAAGAGGAACUGGUCUUUCUGCAACAAUUGCAAGAAGCGAGCAUGAGAUUUCUGAAAUCAUUGACGGCCUCUCCGAGCAGGAGGUAAGUAUGAUCUUAAACACAGUGAUAUGAAUGACAACAGCUGUAGGGAAGAGGCACAUGUGAUCAACGCUGUCCUACAGCAGAUCUGUAAGCAGAGAAAAUGAUUGAUUGAACAACAGAGACAGUGUGUAUUCGUGUAACAACGGCCACUUUUCCUGUCUAUGUUUCACAGAACAAUGAGAAACAGAUGAGACAGCUGUCUGUCAUUCCUCCCAUGAUGUACGACUCGGAGCAGAGGAGAGUGAAGUUCAUUAACAUGAAUGGACUGAUGGAUGACCCAAUGAAAGUGUACAAAUCCCGGCAGUUCAUGAAUGUUUGGACUGAGCAUGAAAAGGAGAUCUUUAAGGAGAAGUAAGGGAUGAUGUUGAUCUUGAUUUUAGCUUCAACUCUUACUGAUUUUUUAUAUUUGUCUCUGAUAUUUUGUCUGAUGUAUGACUUUUUUUUCUUUUCAGGUUUGUCCAACACCCAAAAAACUUUGGCCUGAUUGCCUCGUAUCUGGAGAGAAAGGUAAAGUGCUGCUCAUAUCUAUAAAUGUGUCUGUAUUUGGGAGGUGGGUGGAUUGAGGGGGUGCCAGUUUGGCUUAUCAGAUCAGGAGCCCCAUAUCCAUAUCGGUAGAGGAUACAGCCUUUAAAGCAGACAGGUGGCUUGGAUUGAAUUCCAACACAUGGCCCCAUGCUACAUGUUGCCCCCUACCUUCCCUUGUCCUUUUUCUAUACCAUCUAUAGGGUAUAAUAGCACAAAAUACACUUUGAAUAAGCAUCCUUUUUGGAAGAAAGCUUGAACAUAACUUAACACAUCAAAGCUGGUUUUUGUCUACAGAAAAACUACAGUAAAUCUUUCAGAAGAAAUUACACCUGCAGGCUGUAAUGAAGUGUCAAGAAAAAGUUUUUUCAAGCACAUUAUAGGCACUGAUCCGUGAAUAAAUAUGAGAGAAGAUUAAUAAAUGCAUGAAGUUUGAGUAAAUAAAUAUAAUGAAUAAAGUCAAUUUUCAAACACGUUGCCUUCAGUUUUAGUUUCUUAAACUUUAAUAACCUCCUUUUUCUUCUUUCAGUGUGUUGCUGACUGCGUCCUCUAUUACUACUUGACCAAGAAGAACCACAACUACAAGACGCUGGUGAGGAGGAACUAUGGGCGACGAAGAGGACGCAACCAGGUAGAUAAAACUUUACACACAUUUUUGACUGCUUGUUCUCUCUGUGGUUGACAGAAGUCGUUGACAGAGGUUGUGGUUGAUGCUGGUUGUUUCAUAUUUGCUCUAAAGUUCAGGUUUGAGUGUCACUUUCAAUCUGACUGAACUCUGUAACAUCAUAGACAUUUUCUCAGGCUGUUUGCAGUGGAAACAUCCCUGUCAGGUUACUGUUCGGCGUGAGUGUUUACAUGCUGACCGCGCAGCAUCAAGUUUGUCUCACCCAUUGCCACACCCGUUUCAUGUCUCACGGUCAGUCUGAGUAACAGAUGCAUGUCUAGUACAUGUACCACACAUGGACCACUCCUCUUUAUAGUAUCAAGUGCUAACGAUUUUGCCCCUGUAUUGCUAACCGUAUUCACUGGCUAGACUGAGUCUAGGAAUAGGAGGUAGAGGGCCCUCCAACGUUUUUUAUGACAAAGGUUUGCUGAGACCAAAAAGGCUGAAUGCAGAAGCUUAUCACUGCUGAAAUGCUCUCAUCAUCUUUAUUGUGCAUUAUUGAGGCUGUUCCCACGCUAUUGAGCAAGUAUGUAAUUUUGAAGUUGCUGUGUUUCUCAUAGCAGGAAUCUUCCCUUUUCAUGAAUCAGCUUUCUGAUGUACAGUGGUUAUGUUUCAGUGUUAUCUUGUCUUCCAAAUUUGGUGAGGUCAGUUUUGCUUUUUAGCAGACCAUUACUGAUUCAGUGUAAUUUGCUUAUUUGUCAUAUCUCCUUAAGAUACACAGGUUGUAUCUGCUAUACUUCUUAAUGAAAAUCUGUUCAGUCUGUUGGAGAUUUAAUUUAUUACAACGCAGACUCAUCGUACAUAAAUAAGACCUCUGACUGUCCAGCCCAGGCCAGGCCACACAGAGGUUAGCAGUGUUUACAGCAAGAAGGUUAUCUGCUCGAUCCCUUGCCAGGUACAGCAGUCUCUUUGUGUGGGGUUUGUUUAUUCUCUCUGUGCAUUUGUGGGCUCCCCUCGGGCCUUAGGCUUUCUGGCCUCCUCACUCUGGAAAAACCAUACCUGUUAGGUUGAUUGAUGACCCUAAACUGCUCAUAGUUGUGUGUGUAAAUGAGGCAUAUGUCUCUGUAUGUCCAGUACCCUUCCUCUACCUGAUCAGCGGCAGGGAUUGGUUCAAGCCCUCCACAACCCAGAGUGUAAGGAGUGCCACAGAAGGUUGAAUCAUUUUGAUAGAAUUGGACACAUUGGUCUUUUGAGAGUGUUGUGUCCAAUAAACCACCAGUCAUUAUUUAACAGAUUUUUAAAAUCAGAACACAAACAACACCAAUCAUAGGUCAUAGAAUAUGUAAUAUGUGUUACUGAACAUUGUGACAGCAUUUUUCAUUAUUUUGUAAUCUACAAACAAAAAGCCUCUAAAUUUAGAGUAAAAUUAAUCAGCAGAUAAAUCAAGUCAUGAUGUAAUGAUCGUUAGGAGCCAUGCGCACAUCCAUUAAAAACCACACAGUUACGGUUAACUGUUACACUGGGAGAAGAUUGUGCAUAUCCUCACUCUCACACUGGAGACAGAAGGUCAGACAAGGCAAAGUGGAACAUUCAGAACAUUGAGAAAUACACACACACACACACACACACAUACCCACCCACACCCUGUUUGCAAAUGGAGUGUAUACGUGUACAAAGCUCAUAAAAACGGUUUAAUUUGUUUCCUACUCUUGGAAUGUGUAAUACUAAAACAGAUACAACCGAAAAAGAGCCUAAACCGUUCAGCUGAAUAGAAAAAAAACUGUGUUAUUGCUGCUAAAGUGACACUUUUUAAGACACAAUGACACUGCUUCAUCUACUGCACGUGGCUCCACACAAAUGUAUUUGUCACAGGCUGAAGCAUAGAGACAAGCUGGAGCCUCCCUCUCUUUUACAGGCUUAAGUGUGGUAUCACUGUCAAACCUGAAAUGUGAUUUUUUUUUCUUUUUAUGGAUACCAUACCACCACUGAAUCAAAGCUAUGGAUUCUGGUCUUGAACAGAUUGUGUCAGUGUUUUCUGUAAUUGUUGUGUAUCACUAAAAUCCAUUCCUAAAAGAUGUAUAGCCUCACAGCUGACAUGAAGUAUUGAUUUCAGUCAUUAUAGUGGAUGUUUUAUCAUACCGAGCAUUACCCUCCUUCUCUGAUGCCACAGUCCCUGUACAGGACAUUCUGUCUCUGCAUGCAUCUGCGGGGGGACACAGUGGGCUGAUUGUGGACUGUUUCUUUUACAUAGCAGGAAUUGAAGGUCACAAGAGUUCAUGAUUACAUCUUGAACACAAUGAUGGUUCUUCUCACUUUCCAAAGUGACUGGUACAAUACUUCAAGGGUGACUCUGCUCUAGUGAGUUAUCCAGUUUAGUUGAGUUCAUAGUAUAGAUGGAGCCAUCAGCUGUUGAGGGAGGACUUGUUCAUUUCUCUGAUACAAAAUGUCAAGUAAGUGAUGGAAAUGUCUUUUUGGAUUGGAAGCAAAAUAGUUUAAACACAGCACAUAAAGAGAGGUUUCAAUGACUUGUCACUUUUGUACAAUGGGCUCUAUGAUCCUUUCGAGUUUAACAUUUGUUGAUUAAAAGCCAGAGCCUUGUCAAGACCACCGGAGUCGAUAAAAAGAAGCUAACUCUGAGUUUGAAUUGAGCAGGUUGGAGUUGUGCACAUUAGUCUAUUGGACUUCCAUGAAACUGUUGGUAGAGUUGUUCCAGUAACAAUACCAUUAUCAAAAACGCCUUCGAUACGACCCAAAAUGUGGGAGCAGGGUGUCGGUCAGUGCACCGGGCGAUGCCCCGAACUCAUGCUGUAAUUUAUGAUAGCCACCCGUAAACAGUAGCCUACACAUAGUGAGUUUUAUGAGGUUUGAGCGGGAGCCAUGUUAUCCACAGAGUCCCCUUCACCUCCAGACAAAAAGAGUCUUGGUUAAAACCAGUAAAAACUGUGAAUAAAUGGUUUUAGAUUGAAAGCCAGCGCCAGUUGAUGCUUUACGUUCAGCUUGACUAACAGAUUAAAAACUGUCCUGAUAGAGUAGUUCGUAAUCCUUUGCUCUUGUAUUUUUGCAUUAUUCAGAUUUAACUAGACACAGAAAGUUCAAUAACCUUCCCUGUCUGUAUUCAUUUUUCAUGUUUACAAAGGGUUUAACUUGAGCCAGGCCUUAAAACAAUCAUGCCACAUCCAUGCAGCACUAGUUGUAUACAACUGUCAUUUUUCAAAGCUGUGCUGUCAGACUAGUGUCUGUUUCAAUUCGCCAGUUCAGGUAUUUAACACGAUAAAGGGAAGGAGAAAUUUUAUCUUUGCAUCUCUUGCUCUUGGUGUAACUUAACAACAGCAGUUUGAGAGAUUGUAGUGAGUCACUAAGAGAGAGAGAGAGAGAGAGAGAGAAAGAGAAGGAAGAGGACUGAGUGAGCUAGAGCAAGAGCAGAGGAAUGUAGGGCGAGCGAGUGAAACUAAGUGAAAAAACCCUCAGUGAGACCGAGUCAGCGCUGGCAGCUUAUCCGCUGAGUGUGUGUUGUUUUCUUUUUUUUUUCAUUUUCCAUUUCCUCUCUCUUCUACUCCUCUGAGAGCUUGAGUGAGAGAGAAAGAGAGAUAGAAAAGUCCCCCCUCUCUGAAAAAGCUGAGAUGGUACAGCCCGGCCAUCUGACAGGCCCAAAAAACUCACUGUGCUGCUGUGAGUGCCAAUCAAAGAGGAGUGCUCGCAGGGAUUACCUUGGGUGACCCUGCAUAGAUUAGUGCGUGCAUGUGAGAUGGACAAUUCUUUGGGCGGCUUAAGCGGCCUGAUGACACGCUUUCCCGGAAUAUGUGCGGCCGUGCCGUGGCCCGGCAGCCCUUCUAAGGAGCUCUGCUAUGGUGCUGUCCUGCCCCUCUCCUACUACCGUUACCACCGCUAUGGAAGUACCGGAGGGUAAACUCACAUUUCCAACACCAGUAAGCUGUGGCUCACAGCAGAGCAAACGGGUUUUAAUGGCCAGCAAAUGAGCUUGCAGGUAUGUUGCUAGCCUGUUCCUACAGUUUUUGCUGCUGAUACCACACUCACUUGGUUUGUUUCUCCUUUAACUCGUAUUUUGCUCGUCAUACUUGGUCUUGCUCUGAUUUUUGAUUCUUAGACCUAAUUUUUACUGAAGAUUUGUAAGCAUACAAACUCAGCUGGAGUUUUCUGUCGACAUGUGCAGACAUGGUUUUAAUUUUAUUGCCAAACCACGGCUGUGUGGAAUGCAUGUAUAAAUGUUCUCAAUCCAAGGGUUUGGCCAUGGGACACGUAAAAAUUAGUUUUGAUAUAAUGUAUUAUGCAGAGCGUUUGGGGAAUCCGACACACCGGCAGAGUUACAGCAUUUCUUCAAACAUUGAAAAACAUGUCUGUAGUGUCAGCUGAAUCUGAACGAAAUGAAUAUUUGACUCGGCUUUUAAACACUUAUGAAAAACUCAUAAAGAUAACAGUCAACUUAGUGCUCACAGUGUGCACUCUGUGGAAGCUCACACAGGCUACAUCCUCCACCGUCUCCGCAAAAGAGUUAUUAUAGAUAUUUUCAAACCUUACAAGUCCCCCUGUCUCUCCACUCUCUCAUAUUUCUCUGGUAUCUGGCCACAACAUGCAUAUGUGUCUGUCAGCUUCAAGCUCCACCCAUUAAGGAAAACAGAAGUCUGCAAAGGUUUUUCACAGCACAGGAUAAUUACUAACAUAUUUUAUGCCAGUUUUUGUGUGUGUUUGUACUCAGCUCUUUAAGUGCAGGUCCCCUAGAGUAAGCCACAAUACAAUCUAGGAUUAUUACAUCAAAACUGUAGCUGAGGCAGUUGCCCAGUGACUCUGUGACAUAUACUAUACUAUACUAUACUAUACUAAAUUUGUUUUGAAGUACUCAAGGCUUUACUAUGGUAUUGUAGCAUUAAAAGUGAUGUGAAGGUAAAAGGUUUGACUAUCAUUAGUUUUUAAAGCUGUCAAUAAGGGAUGGACCGAUGGACUUUGGCCGAUCACUGAGCAUAACGUCCCAUAUUUCUUUACAAACUUGACUAAUUUUCCAGCUCUACACCGGUGCCAAUAGUCAGUAAAUAAAAUGAUAAAUCCCCAAAUGAUAAAUGAUGAAGACCCAAACAAAAACAUGGAACAAAAAGUGAAUGUCACCGGAAUAGGAAAGGACAGAAAUUGUUUCUUUUUCUACUGCUGUCAUUGCAUAAAUGAUCACAGAGAUCCCUGAAGUCUGAUGUAUUUGAUGUUUAAAAAAACACAAAAACAGCGAGUGCUGGGCAAUGUUAACAUUUUCAUGAACAGAGCAGACAGCUGAUUAAAGCUGAGAGGAUGUGUUUGUAACAGUAGAAAAAUAGUGGAUACACAGACAAUGCACUAGUGAGUUUAAUAUUUCUUAGGUGUAAGGCUAUAAAAUGUAACACGUUAUGUUGAAAAUAAUCCAGAGAAGGGUAAUGUUUUGUGGUGACGAUGAUGCAGACACAUUAUCUUACACAAAUAGAUGGACAUGUAUAGGUAGGCUCAUCCAACGUCCAUAAAGGUAAGCUGUUGAGAGCUCUCUUUUUUUAUUGAAUGGUGGUAAACUUAAACCAAACAGCUGAGUUGACUUCACUGGUUUCUAGCAUCAGUUUGGCUGUUAUUCUGCUGCAGAGCUCCCAGUAACCACGGUAACUGUGGUCAGUGCUUUUUAUUUAGCUUUCCUUUUUUUCAGGCUUUUUUUUUUUGACAGAAAAUGGCUCCAGUAAGAGCUUUCAGAGUUAAUGUCUCCAUCAGCUUAAUCGUGCAUUUUUUCUUUUUAAUUUAAAGCUAGCUAUAUACCCUGCUUUCUGCUAAGAUAGGUCAUGAAACCUUAUUUCAGAGUGAAAUUCUCAACAGCAGUGAUCGUAAUGAAAUUCAACAUAAAAGCCGAAGCAUUACAAUAAUCUAGUAGAUUUUUAAUUUCCUCUUCAUGCAGUUAAACUGCUUGAAGCAGGAGUGAGAGAUUCUUCUGCUGGCCUCAGUUCUGUGGUAGGAAAAGGAAGAUUGACUUGUGGCUCUGUCAUUUCCUAAAUCAAACAGCACUCGUGAAUCAGCAAAAGAGGGGAGAAAUUAAAACUCUUAAAAUAUUCAAGCCAGGUCAGGAAAGAGCUUCAUUUAAAAAACACUGAAGAACCACAGAACCACAGGGCCUCAUUGACUUUUGGCGAACAUCUGUGUGGAGGCUUUUUACGCAGUGUGGGAGAAGCGGCAGGAAUGCCACUGCUCUCUGACUGACUCCAAAGCAAACACUCAUUGCUUUCCCCGACCCUACCAGAACAGCAUCUCACUGAACAACAUACGUAAGUAGAACAACCCCCAAACAGACUCGUCUCUUCUGCAACAGCGUCCCUAAAGCUUUCUUUGCAAACUUUUUUUAGACAGGAAACCAGUCAAAAAGGAAAAGUUUGAAAUUGUACUCUCUGUAUUCAAAAUUCGGCAGUUAGAGCUCUGAUACUGCAGGGAUUUUUUUGUUUUUGUUUUUUUGAAAGAGCUAAACAAUGUUCCUAAAGAAAUUUCAUUAAUGUUCUAUAAAUGGAGCAAAAAAUCUCUGAAAAAUUGUAAUCUGGUGACUUUUACACUUUUUAUCAAUCAUAUUUUCUAUGCGCCGUCCUGGCUUGUUAAAUGUUCUUUUUUUUUCAAUGUUUGACAUUAUUAUGUUCAGUAAUGGUGAAGUAAUCAGGUUCCUUUCAGUAAAAUCCAAAUUUUUGAGAUUGUCUAUAGGUAAGAAAAGACUCACAAAACUGUCAGAAUUGAGCUCAGUUUUUUUUGCACACUGAUAAGCACGGAGCCACAGUCUGCAACUUAAUGAUGUCAACCUGGUUUGCCAAGCGUACCUAGCACCACCAGCCUUGGGUCCUUGUUGCAGAUUAGUGUCCUUAUGCCUGUGCUGGUUACACACUCUUCUGGUUGAAUGAUUAUAUGCAAUUUAAAGCCAUAGAUACAAAAAAAAAACUAAUAGUCUGAGUGAUGUUACUGAUUGGUCACCUGGAGGUAGCUCUAUUGAAACACUGACCCAGUCUAACUUUUGGUCAGACGUAGCAUGAGACCAGGAAGCAGAGUUAAGAUGAGCCUUUUGCCUUCUUAAUAGCUACAGUAUGCCGCUUGUCAGGCGUGAUAAGGGGCACGACCACUUUUUUUGAUUGAACAGUAUAGAAAUGAAUUAUUACAAGUAUAAGUUACACCAACAUUUAGAAAAGUAUCCCUAUCAGUUCUCAGAUGUACUCCUAGUAAAACUUGAACCGUCCUCUGAUGCACACCGCUGAAGAUUACAUCGUCACGUCUAAAAGUCUGUCUAAAACAUGCAGGACUAACUUGUAAGCAGUCUCCAAGUGUAGCCAGUGAUUGGUGACGUCAAUACAUGAAUCUGAUUUCUCAGUGUUUGAUUGUUCCUAGGGAAACUAAAUUGAGGGCUAUGAAUGACAGCCUUUGUACUGAGCCAUGUAUGGGGUAAACUUGAGAUAGCAUCACACGCAAUUUUCCUCCAAAUACCGUUGAUUCAAUUUUGCAAGUCAUGCAGUUCAAGUCCUUGAAGGCAAAAUCCCUUCGAUUAAUGCCUGUCUCAUAAGAGUUAGCCAGAGCAGCCACCAGCUGCUCUCGGCCUCUCUUUGUGGAGUUCACCACAUGUCUGUAUCAAACUUGACUGUGUGACAUGGCAGCCAGACUCCUCAUGUGCUGAACCGCGAUGUUGUAAAAGAGACAGAUAACCACAACCCUUUUUUUUCCUCAUGCCCUUUUCUUGUCUCUCUUUGCCUCAGUCUGUAUCUUUUGCCUUCACCAUUAAGUGGAGCACAUUCCUUGGCCCCAUCUGGUACCAGCAUGGGAUGUUUGGCUUGGCAUAACCAGACUUGUUCCAGCACAGCACUUUCAUGGAGCAGGCAGGAGGACGCUUUCUGUGGUUAUUGCGCCAGCAUUGAUGAUAAAGAAUGUUGCUCUGUCCUCAAUCACUGUAUCUGCCCUGUAACGAAAAUACACUUUUGACAAUGAUGUCAAAACCUCACAUACACAAUUACUGCCCGAACCAACCAUCCCCAUGUCAUUUUGAAUGUUAAAUGCCCAAGCCGUCUUUUUCCUGCUUUAGGUCUCUUUGUGAAAUGUGGCAGUGUGAUAUGGAGUUCAUAAUGAGUGUCUUUGUUCAACCAUUCCUGGGAAAACACAAGGCAUGAGAGCUCGCAACAGUCCAGACUUUGUCACUUUGUUAUUAAGGUGACAGAUUAGUAAAGGUGUCAACAGUGUUUUUGUCUCUUCAGCAGGGAAAUGUGGAGAUCAUAAAACAGCUUAUUGCUUUAACCAGUUUCUUUGUUUUUAAUUUUCGUCUUUUUAUUGAUCUUUCUUGCUUUUUUAUUGUACGUGUGCAGCUUAUAAGCAGUGCUCCUAACAACCGGUCUUAAGUGUUCAUAUCCGUUAUUCACCUCCAUUGCUCCGUCUGCUAUCAAACGGAAUAAUUAAGCCGACUAUUUUGGCCCAUAUUCAGUUGUGCAAUUUUAGAUGGUCCUCUGGGCUCGCAGGGCCAAUUCAAGAACUGUGAUACCAUUAAAAGACGUCUGUUCCUUGAUAGCAUGCAAGAAAACUGGAGCAUGAAGUGUGUAAAAAUGUCAGACAGUUGUUACUGUUAAGGUUUGAGGCAGGAAAAAGUUUUAUAAAGUAGGAGGUGCAAUGUCAUGUAAAACAGAAUCACACCGAUGUAUGGUGCAUUUUGAAUGAAAAGCAAGUUGGAGUAGUUGUAAUGACAUUUGAAAUGUGCAACAGUGCAAACUAGCAGCCUCUAUUACUGUUUGCAUAACUGUAUACCUUGCCUUGUAUUUUCUAUUACAGCCCUCUCUUAAGAAACUGUUACCAGUGUUCAAAUAGAGUAUCCUUGAGUUUUAAGGAGAGAAAGCUGAAUAAUAUUUUCCUUUUUUUCUCCAGCAAAUCACACGUCCCUCACAAGAAGACAAGUCAGACGACAAAAACGAAGAGGACAAAUCUGAGAAAUCUGAGAAAAAAGAGGACGAGGAAAAGAAGGACGAGGAAGAGAAAGAUGAAAAGGAGGAUUCUAGGUGAGUUGUGAAUAGCAGCUUGUCCCGGUGUCACUCUAGGUCAUUAGUCCCUGCAGGCGAAUCAACCCUCGGCACGGGUCUGAGAUAACUCUAAGGCAGGGUUUCUCAGUUGAGUGUAGCUUAUUUUCACUUAAUGCAGCUAUUAUAUCAUUUUUACACUUGUAUUACUAAGACACAGUGGUCCUAAAAACAGAAAUAGUACUCAUUUUACUCUUAGAGAAAGGAUUGAAGAGCUGGCUUGGAUUUCAACUGUAAUGACACACAAGAUGUUGUUUAGCUUUGAAAAAUGGUACUUAUGUGCUUGGUAAUAUGAAAGAAUUUUUCAUUUUAAUAUUACUUCUCAAAACUGAUUAUGAAGGAACAGGUCAGCCCACAUCCACUCUCUCUCUCUCUCUCUCUCUAUUUAUAUAGAAGUAGAAAAUCACAAAAUACAUCACAUAAAUUACACUAACAAAUUAAAAUAAAAUUGCUGAACUUAAGAGAAUACUUAAUUAAAAAGACUUUGAUGGACUUGCAUUAUAAAACAGUUAAGAAAGAAAAAUAACAAAAGAUAUAUUGUGGUUAAAAUAAAAAAAGAAAUCUCAUCCAUCGAAGGGCAGCUCAAUACAGCAGCAUCUAUAUUAAUAUCAUGAUAAAAACGUUGGUAAUAAAAAGGUUGCAAAAGACCAAACCUAUUGCAAAAUAGGCAAAAAGGAAUAUUUCAUGAAAACAGGCAGAGAUUUCUCACUAGACUCAGCUAUUUGUUUUGUUUAGCUUGGAGCACAGAGUGUGAUAGCUUCAUUUCACACCCUUUUGAUGCACUCAGGUGAAAAACGUCAAGUUAGGGUAUACGCUACACUUGGAUCAUAGGCGCCAUUUAAGUCACACACACCGCUCACACAAUUUUGGGGGGAUUUCUUUCACACAAAGGAAAGGUAUAUUAAAAACAUAGGUAAUGUACCAAAUACACUUGAUAUAUUUUUCCUCAUUUCCAGAAAGCCUAAUCCCCAGGCUGUCAAUAAAGGUCAUAGUCUGGAGAUGAUGAGCUCAAAGCUUUUUCUGUUUUGGCACAUAGCCAGGGGGAUAAGAAAAUGUGCUAAUUUGUCAGUAAUUUUGUCCAGCUUGGCUGUGACUUAACUGUGGUAUACUUUUCUGUUGUAUCCAGCUGUGGAUAAAACGACAGGAUAAAAAAUCUAGGGCCUUUAACUGCUGAGUCAAAAGGAAAUUACAUUCCCUGUACCAACUCUAAAUCUGUGUUUUCCCACUCAAAAACCACAGAGACAUUGGCAAGGACAAAGACAAGUGUGACGGUGGGGAGGAAGAGGACGGGAAGGAGCAAAACACGCCGCGUGGCAGGAAGACUGCCAAUAGCCAGGGCCGCCGUAAGGGAAGGAUCACCACACGCUCCAUGGCCAAUGAAGCUGCGUCUGUGGCGGCUGAGGAAGCUCCUCCCACUGUCCCUGAGCCCGCCUUGCCUGAUCCUCCACAGCUCUCCAAACAGGAUUCACAGAAGGCCUUAAAGGAGCCUGCAAAACCACAGACUCCAACAGCUUCCAUGGAUGCCAACAAAGGUGAAUUCUUUUGAAAUACUUCUCAGAGGUUGUUGAAGGGAUGCUCUUAUAACACUGGACCACACAUGUGAACACAGAGCCGAGGGAAAAAAGGGUUAUCAGACAUGAAACCACUUAUUAUUUAAUCUUACAUGGAAGUGAAUGUGUAAGCCUCAAAUCAGUCAUUUAGUAGCAGGAAAACAUCCAAAGCUGAUCCAGUUUUUGUUUCUUCAUUUAUAUCUAGAAACUGUAUUUGACACAUUGCCCUAAAGGCUCUAAAAAAUUGAAUUUAUUUGGAAUUCACUCCUCCUAAGAAGCUCUCAUUACUUAACCUUGCACAAACUCAAUUCCUUUUCUUACUUUCUAUAAAAUAAUUAUUUUAUGAUCAGUGGAGAAACUAAACUCAAGGUCUUCCAUAAAAUUGCCUACAUAGUGCUGUUCAAUCCCCUUUUUUACCAAUGGAACCCCCCAAAAAAACAACAAGAAGGAAGUUACUGAAAAAAGGUUCAACUUGAAGACAUGGCAGAUCAAAUGAUCAAGUUCAUGAACCUAAAAUGUGUAAGAAGUGGAUGUAGUCUCAGUGAUGCCACCCAUUGGUCUCCGUUGAGCUGUUAGGAAGCUGUUGCUGUAUUAGAAAUGCUGGCACAAGACAACUCAAACCAGUCCCAGGCAAAGAGGUGAGGCUGAAGUGACCUUUUAGCCUUCUGGCAAUCAGCUCCUGUGCACCCAUUGGUCAGUCAGCUCCGCACACCCUUUACUGCUUUAUGUAAUAUUGUCUUUACAGAUUAUAGCCCUUACUCUUCUCAAAUUAUUCUACAAAUAAAUUUAUGAGCAAUUGAGAGUUAUUGAGCUUUUUUCGUCAUACCAGGCUGUAGACGUGUCUGUUUCUGCUGUAAAAAAGGACCCUGCUAGGCCUCUGCAGCUAGCCUUGAGUGGACAUUCGAGAAGCUUAAGGUUGUAACACUUCUGCUUUGGCCUUUACUUCUCUGCACUGGAGAUUGCUGCUUGUUUUUGAAGCAUAGUAUGCUGACCCGAAGGCCCUGCUCAGUAUGGGUAUCUGACAGUGAAUAAUCCUUUAGGUAGACGUUAACUAAUAACUAAUCAAAGCUUUUAUACAGACAGGAGGCCUAAAGUGUCUUAUGUAGGACAGAACAGACAUAAAAAAUAAUAGAAGUAAUUUUUUGAAUGAAAAUGUUACAUCAGUCCAAAUAUCAAGCUGUCAGAAAUGAUGAAUAUCUGUGAAAUACCCGAUUAUAUGAAAAAAAUUCAAGACUAAUCCAUUGUGCACACAAAGGAAGCAUCUGAUCGUCCUGAUAUCGGUGCAGUACUCACACUGAAUAGAAGAAAACUUUAUUUCUGAAAAACAAAAAGAUGAAAUUGCACAUAAACGUAUGUAUUUAAUGGCUUGAUCAAAACAUAAUACAGAGCUUAAAAGCAUAGUUAUUUUAGCGUAAACAGUGCUUAUUCUCUGGCAUCCCAUUAGGCUUCUUAAAUAUCAUACAGUGGACUAACAGAUAUUUUUAGACCUCUUUUAUGACUUACUGGCUGUCAGCACUGACUGGCUCGAGGAUGGUGUUCAUUUCUGUUUGUUACAAACUGGUUGAGGUAAAUACUGCCUAAACUCAUAAACAGCGCUCCUUCCACAAGGUUUUAUACACCUGAAGCUCAGCCGGUGUCCUUCAGGGUAAAAUGUGAUUCAGGAGGUGUUAAAAGCCGCAAGCUUGAUCAGCGGUUUCAAAGAAGUCUUUGCCAAAUGUCAGACCAACUCAGCAAGCCUUAUGAAGUUUGUCCAUCACCAUGGUAAUGUGCAAUAGUUUUAGCUGUUGCCACAGUUACUAUUCAUGCUCUUUAUCGCCUCCAGCCUUAAAAGCCUGUCACUUUUUCAGGUAUCCACAUCCCUUGUUUUGCUUAAUCUGUAUCAUUAAUUCAGUGUCCUGUAAGUGUGCCGUGCGUCGCCGCCACCUGCUCCCUCUGCUGUCUGUUGAGCUCUCUCAGCAGUCUGAGUUAUGCAAGGUCUGCUCCAUAAUGUGAUUAACUAACCAUCUGCAGUGUGUCCUUCCAUCCUCUCAACCCGCUGACCUCUGUGGCCCUGCUCUGGUCGUAUCAUAGUUUACGUAGGACUGUGUCAACCGUAAUCUCCCCUAGUGACUACAUUGUGGAUUUAAUGUGUCUGUUUGCCUGUACUGUUGUAACCCCCGCAGCUAUGGAGCUUCUUAGAAGUAAGCUGGCUCUGUGUCAGUCUUGCCCAGUUGGACUUGGGCCAGCAGGCUGCUUUAGGAAGCUGCUGAUUCAGUGGGGGCAAACAGCGUUUGAUCUUGUUUGAAGCCGUGGAGUAAAGUGUACAUGUGCGUGUAUGUCAUUAGGCGAGAUGCUGCGCUGUGGGUGGACACCGCUUCUGUUUUCAAAGCUCACAAGAUUAAUGACCACGCUAGAGGGGCCUUAGCUGUCACGGGGAGAACAUGUGAUUGUAACAACAGGAAGAGGAAACCAAGUAGAGACAUUGGUUAACUAAGUGUAACUGGCUGUGUAGACAGGGACCUUUAAGUAGGAGCCGUCUAAACAGUGACAGUUGAUCUCCUCAUCUUUAAGGUGGGUGUGUUUGUUGGGGGGGAGGGCAAGCUUCCUGUUAAUGUCAAGGGUACAUCUGCUGCUAUAUUAGUCUGAAUGUUUACACAGUGUCAGUGGGUGCCAUGGAGGAGAGUGGGCUAGAGUUUACUCGCCCCCCUUCCACACUACGAACCCUACACUUCUAUGAAUUCUGGUUGGGAGGGGGUAUGGAGCUGUGCAGUCAAGCGGAGGCAAAAAAGAGGACUGUGCGUGUGUGUAUAUGUGUCAAUGUGUACGUGUGUAUAAGUGUGUGUGAGAUUCAAAGUGUCACAGUAGAAGGGGUGGGAGGGUUUUUUCAGGCUGGCUGUUCUAUCUGUCUAUUUGUCUCCAUCCAAGGCCAUUUCCCAAAGCAGGAGGCAGGCUCUCAACUCCUCCACUGUCUGGCGCUACAUCAGCUGACCAAGGCCCUCCCCUGUGUGGAUUAGAGAGGAGGAGGAGGGUUUGUUCUGAUCUGUGGGGAAGGGGAGAGACAGGGAGAGCGAAAGGAGGAGGAGAGUGAGCUAGAGUUAGAGUGUAACUGAGGGAGCAGGUCUCGGCAGCCCCUGAAUGUAAACAGAUUAUUAGAUUAGUGGCCAUGAGAAGGAGACGGCUGAAGGGAGGACUGUCACUCUCUCUGUCUGUCUCCCUCCCUCGCUCUAUCUUUCUUUCCUUUUCUAUCAGUGCUGAUGGGGCUCUGUCUUUCUUUCAUGUGAUUUAGCUGGUGCUGGGGAAACCGGAGAAACUUCUCGCUGGACCGAGGAGGAGAUGGAGGUUGCCAAAAAAGGUAGUUUCAAUUAAUUUUUUCUUCAUCCUUUAUCUCUCUAUCCUUCGUCUCCCUUUUCAGGCUUCUCCUGCCUGAUAAUCUUUUCUCCCUUACCCUCCAACCCCCACCCCCACCCCUUUUCUUUUUCCUCCUCUGAUUAUCUGAUGUUGCCUCGCCCUGCCUGUCUCUCACAUGCACGUUAGCAGGAAUGAAUGUGUACACGGGUUCACGCAAAUAGAAAACUUGUGCUGCUGCUUUGCUGAAGCUGUCAGAGCCUCGUGAACGGGUUUCAAGGAUUUCUUUCUCUCCCUCUUGGCUCCCCUGUUCCUCUGGUUUCUCAGAACUGAUCUAUUAAGGACAGCCAUGAAGCAACAGAGCAUGACAGCUUCCUCCCAAAGAUCCACAUCUAUAAUUCACAUUCAAAACUUUGCCGUCUAGAGAUUUUAAAAGUUAGUUUGCUUCUGUAAAUUCUUCCAAAUGUUUGUUGCCUGGUCCCAGGCUGCACAGCUGGAGUCAUUAUUCAAGUCAUAAGCCAUUCAAGUAUUCCCCUCUCGUGCCCUUUUUGCUCAGAUUUCUCUGUUGGCUUUGGCGUGGUUUUCCCUGAGUGCAAAGAUUUACAGACUGGGGGAGUAAAUAAAAGGAUUAAUGAGGAUUUAUUAAGACUAACUCAGUGAGGUAUUAGAGAUUUGCUCCCCUUAUUGCUGUGAUCUCCUCAGGUAUUCAGACUUGUAUGCUGCAUAUACAGUGUGUCUGUGGAUUAGUGUACCUAAAGGAGACCUACACAAGUCAUAUGACGGGGCACGUUCAGAAAUCACUUUUAUGCUGUGCCGACACACAUGGCUGGUCAUGCAAGAGCACUAAACAGAGUGAGCAUCUUAAGGCUUAAGGGGUAACGCAGAGCCUAAGUCAUUGUUGUAACCUGUUGAUCAGUGUUAAUGUGGGGAUUACACAUCACAAGUUUUCCUGGUGGGAAAAUGAACUUCCUCAAGAGAAAAAAGAGAGAACAGUCACUUGUUGUAGUCUCUAGUUACCUCCAGUUUUACUGAACUCAGGUAAAGCAGUCAUUUUAAAUGGAUUUGGCCACCAACACUGAAAUGUAAAGCAGGUUGGAAAAUGAUUGGUUUUUAUUUUAUGGUCCUCUGUCUUCAUGCAGAUGCGUGCUCAGAUACUGUGGUCUGAUUUUUAUUUGCGUACAGUCAUCAAAGUUGUUAUGCAAAAGAGGUUAGAAAAAUACCAUAGAAAUGAAUCAACUACCCUAUUACAAUUUUGACAGUAAUAGUAGCAAUAACUUGAAUUGUACAAAGCUUUAUUUUAUUUUUGAGUGUCCUUCUAGGCUUUAGUGCCUGUAUUGAGAGUAACAGACAAUGGAUUGAGUAGGAAACUGGGAGAGGGAGUUAAGAACGACAUGCAGGAAAAGGCCAGGGGGAAAUUGAACCCACGUUUAAUGCUUCAAGAACAAUGGCCUCUGUACAUUAAGCAGUGAUUUAAAUACUAGUUUGCUAAUUUGCUUGAAUGUCUAUAUAUUAAACUAUUGUAAAAAAGGAAAAAAGUUAAAGCAAGAUCUCUACAAUUAAUAUUUGUUCUUAUGCACACAGAAUUAAGCUAGCCACUAUCUGUCCACUUGUUUAUCCCAUUGUAAAUUGUAAUUAGAAAUCUGUGUGUUUAGUUGACCAAACUGUUGAAGGUCACCACCUUAACUUAUUGGCACCAGAGUUACUUCUCAGUAAGACAAGUUUGUUAAUGACUGCUGACAUAGUGCUACAGUGCUCUACUACCUGUAUGUAAAUAAGCACAUGUGGCAUGUUGCAGUGCGUCAUGCUUUGGCAAUGUUUUGAAAUUGGAGAUAAAGUUGUUUGCAGGCUGUGUCUGGUUAGAUAACCACUCACCUGGAGUAAUUCAUUAACCUUCAAGGUGAACUGAAGGCUGCCGGUGCCACCUAUUUGACAUGGUUCAGCUGCAGACUCACUAAUCCUGUGUAUAAAAUGGUGCUCAGUUUCUGCCGUUGUCAGUAUUUUUCUCUGAGCAUCAUUAUUUACAGCAGUCGUAUUUUCCAUUUCUAGUGUUCAAACCAAGAAUUUAAAAGUAAAGAAUAAUAUCUAUAUAUCUUUAUAAUGUUCAAACACCAUGAAAGGUGAGACUGUAGCAACGGUUAUAGUCAAACAAUAAUGAUGAUUUGUUUAAUGACAAAAAGCAGACACAGUUGCAGUUCAUUGUCAUUUGUCAUGUGACAAACGUAUCUGUGAGGACACUCACACUCACACUGAUCUUAAGACGGUGAAAUGUCCAUGUACUAUAACUUGUGACAAACAUCUAAUGUUCACUGUGUUGUGUGCUAUGCUAAGCUCUGCUAUCAAACAUGUCGGAGCACAUAAACACCGCUUGCUCUUUUUAGAGUCCUGCUGACAGCCCUCAUUACACAUAGCGGGUUUAAUGUGUACUUCUUUGGCUGCUGGAUGAAUUUUCCAUCGCGGUUGAAUAAAGGAGGCAGCAUUGAGAUUUGACAGAGCAUGUAGUUUAGAAAGGUUGGUCUCUUGGUUUCUACUGUUAGUCACAAAACACCCAAGACCUUCCCGACUGACAUGUCUGGAUUGUCUGCAAGUAACUCAAUCAGAUUUGAGACACCCUGAGCAGUCCCAAUGCCCUCAUUCCCUCAUUUAACUGGAGCAGUAAUGGAGCUUUGUGUUUAGCUCCGUGGUGAUUUGUCAAGCUGCCAGUGUCCCUCAUCUCAGCAGGGCUGGGAGGGAGGGGGGAGGUCACGGGGGUUACAGGAUUUAGAGAACAGACGCCCUGAUGUCAAAGGUAAAUGGCUGUCUUCCAGUUCACUGCAGCUUGGGAGAGUAGUUUCAAAGUUUAGUUAGACCAUUAAAGCUGAUUGUGUGCCCGGCUCAGCGUUAAUCAGGUUGAGGGAAAACCAACGGAAAACCAUAGCAACGGGGAGCCCAGGACUAUAGUCUAAUUUUCCAGUAAGACCAAAAGUUCACUCCUGAUCAGAAAAUUUUCACCAGCUUUAUUGGAAAGAGACACUUUUAAGACUUGAUUUAAAGCAUCUUCCUAAAUAAAAGUUUGUACAGUCAUUAAUUCAUUAUUAGAAAAAUUGUAAUUAAAUGUAUAGGAUGCUGGAGGUGGUUCUUUAUGUUUUAUCAGGCUUUGAAGGAUUGGUCGUUGUGCUACAGUGCUGCUCUGUUUUAUCAGUAAAAGAAUAAAAAGAAAUAAAUGUGGCAAAUGAAACCCAUGAUGUUGUCGUUUAAAUCAGUUUUCUCCAUAAAGAGCUGCCAGCUGUGAAACAUGAUGAAUAUAAAUACUAUCGAUUCCAGAUGCAAAAUCUUUCACAACACAUAUCGCUGAAGAAAGCAAAUCAGAGCAGUACUUAUCAACCGGGGGUAUUUUGGAUUUUUAUUUCACUGUUGUCCACAUACUCCAUGUAAAGCUGAAUUACAGUGUGUAUUUUAUUUAAGUUUCAUGUCAGUAGAGCUCUGUGGUUUAUGUCUGUGUAUGUAGUUCCAAUGUAUGUGUUAAUGGUUGACUAGGGACAAAAGUCGAGCAUUAGCAAAAAUGAUCAACUUCCUAUGCAGCACAUCAAUGUUGGGUUCUAUAUUAAGAUUUCUCUUGAGGCUGACUUUUAUCAACUAUUAAUGGGUGUAGUUAAGUUCGAGUUUUAAUAAUGGUUGCUGUUUGUCUUCUGAAACACUAGCCCACAUCAAGGCUGUAUCUGACUUACAUUUCUUCCAGUCAUGUCAGAUUCAGUUGUUUGAUACACAGCUUUGACUGUUUUCUCCUCUCUUAGCAGCCCUACCUGAGUCUUUACCUGUCAAACAAACUCAAAAUCCUACAGGAGUGCAGCCAGGUGGCUAGAAAUCAAAACUUUUCCUUUACUUUAAGGCACAGCACCAUCGUGAAUAAGGUUUGCGUUUAUCCAAAUGAAAAUUUCAGUCAACACUCUUCUGCGUCUCAACUUACCAAACAAGCAGAGCUAAAGUUAGCGGCAACUCGUAUUUCAAUGCGUGACCUAAAAGUACCAGAGAGAUACUGAGCGGCACCCGCUGACUAUAUGAAGAUAGACAAGAUGUCUUCACCUCCUCCUGUUGUGCAAAAGUAAAGACAUAAUAACCUCAAGACAAGCUCUGACAUAUUGUGCGGGUGAAGUUUUUGGUUUCAGAGCUGGCACGGUAGGGAUUGGCUUGAGGGCCUGACGUCCUGACCCCUCUGCCAACCAUAACACACCGUGAACCUACUGAUAAAAUAAAGAUCCCUCAGGUCGGUACAGUUCACAGCAGAGCAGCUGUGAAGAAAAAAACCUGUGGCUUGUUUGAUUUUUGUUACAUUUCCUCUUGUGCUCUGCUAGUUUGGUGCAGGCAGCGCCUCAGGGGCCGGCAUUUGUCAACGGGACUGUCAAUCAUGACAUUAUACUCCUUUUUAAAGCCUUUAAUAGCAAUUUAAACUAAACCGUCCAGAUAAGUGACCUCUGAAAUCAAUCCAUGAUGAGAGUUAUUUUGACAUAUGUUUGAGUUCCUUUUAAACUGCUGCAUUUAGUGUUUUUCUUUUCUUUUCUCAUGCUUCUUAAGUGUUAGGGUUAGGUUAGUUAAUGCUUUUGUGAAAAGAGGUGAUCACUUCAGAGGAUUUUUCCCCGCACACUGAACCCCUAGUGAACAUUUAGAGACUCUGGUGUUUAGAAGUCAUGGCACUUUUUUAGGGUCAUUUAGAGACUUUUCCAUCAAAUUGAUUUUAUUGUCUCAUGAUUUGAAUUGUUGAGUUUUUGGGGCCUGAGCUGAUGUUCUCAUUCUUAACUCUCUCAUUUUUCAUUUUUUAAUGUUUGUACUACACUAAGUUUAUGAAGACUCUCUAUCUCUGCCGCUCAUCGUCUGUUUUUGUUUCAUGUCAGGGCUUGUCGAGCAUGGGCGAGACUGGACAGCCAUUGCCAAAAUGGUGGGCACCAAAAGUGUGGCACAGUGCAAGAACUUCUACUUUAACUACAAGAGGCGUCAUAACCUUGACAACCUGCUCCAGCAGCAUAAACAGGUGAUCCUCCUGCUCUCUCCGCUGUCUGUAGUUGUCUGCCAGUGAACUGUUGUAACCUUUUGAAGCCCUAAGGCAAACAAAAAAAGCAACUGUGGUUCUUUAUGUUUCCCAGGAUUCACGGCGGGCUCGUGCUGAUAGAUCUCAAGGUGAAGGUCUUGCCACAGCAUCACCCGAUGAUGACGACGAGGACAACGCAGAUGACAGUGAAGGUCUGAGAGAUAAACUGUUCUGUGUAAAAGUACUUUUAUCCUCUUUCUUCAUUAAAGGCCUCCUCGUGGCUGAUAUGAAGCACGUGCAAGAAGUUCUGGGGUGAAGGAUGCAAAGCUUGCUGAUGGGUUUUUGUCUUCAGUUUUUGUUCUGGCCUAUGAGUUGAGGAGCUUGCAAUGACUUUACAGAGGCAGGACACAGGGAGAAGUUUUAUGCAAAGCAGGGACAUCUGAUCUGAAAUGCCCUCUGAAUUGUCAUGUAAGGAUUUCAUUGGUGUUGAUGACACUGUGCUCGCUCUCCGCUGACUGUAGUUUAGUAAGAAUAUGAAAAAAAGGAUCAAAUGAAAAAAAAGCAAAGGGAGGGAGAGGUGGAGAUAAAAGAUAUGGACUAAUUCUGAAUACAUGGGCGCCUGUUGCAUAAUAGUUCUUGGCUUUGAAGACUCAACAAAGCCUGCUCUUUGAACACCAAGUGCCGGACUAUUUGUUUGAUCCAGCAGGCCUGUCUGCCUCCCUUCACUCCAGAGGUCCUUAUCUUUACAAGUGCGGGGGGCCCAGCUGUGAGGAAGAUACAGUGUAGCAACAGAUUGAAUGUUGUCUAAGAAGCUCUACAGCUAGUUUGUAAAAAUCAAUGUUUAGUUUUCUAUGCAGGAAAAUGACUCAAUAUCUUGUAAGGUAUUUAUUCUUGGAAGAGUUACAUAUAAUUUAAACAGCCUCCAGUGGACUAGAUAGCAGUGGCAACAACGGGAGUUCACCAGGUUUUCCGUCAUGUUUAUUUGACUUUUUCUUUGUGUCGUGGAAACCCAAACUGUUCUUUAGAGGUCCCUGUGAUCUGCAGCCUGUGGAGCUCAAAUUAUACUCAUCACACAACGCAGUGCUUUAAGCCAAAGGAUGCAUCAGAAAGGCUCUUACACAUUUGUAAUUUGGAUGUUUUAUUGUGCUUCGUACAUUUAAAGCAGAUUGAUUUUUUUUGCAUAAACAUACCAUCUGGACAAUCAUCUCCAUGGCAACUACCGCAGGGGUAGACAUAAAGAAAGCAGACAGAGUCCGACACAUUUGAUAAAAGAAUCGGUUUUCUUAAAACAUAUGUUGAGUAAUUUUUGGCUGUAAUAUCUGUUUAAAUGAGCAAGUUGGAUUAUUGUUUCAAACGAAUUGCUACUUAAACGACGUGUACAGGACAAAAGCACUAAGUUAGGAGGUACCACGCUAUCUGAAGGGGUACUACAAAUCAAUGUUAAGCAGGAGUUCUGCAUGGGAGCUUUACAUUUGCUUUGUUUUCAGCUUUUGUCAAACCAUAAGCAGUGUUUCUCAUUCAUAGAUGAUACGUUGGCUUGCUACCUACCCAGGCAUAUGUGCUGCUGACUAUUUGUGCACUUUUCUUAGUUGUAAUGUUGUCUGUUUCAUAUGAUUGAUAAACUUCAGUGCUUUUGCUCUGCACCCCUUCCAUAUGUGCACAAGCAGCAUAAAGUCUAAACACAUUGAUUACAAAGCAAUGUCUCAUGCUGGAUAUGAAACUUGCCAGCUUGUUGCUGUCCACGUUAUAGUUUACUCUCUUUGUUUUGGUACAUAAUAAAAAAGCUUUCUGAAGGGUGGCUCACCUGAAUCGAGUGGCAACUAAAACUUUUUCAAACUGAGCUUGUGUUGUGUGGGCGACUUAAUAAAACGUGAUUCUGAAAUCGUGACCACGUUGGUGGGGUUUGAACCUCAGUUGAUAUUUGCACAAUGUGUGUUGUUUAACAGAAUAAUGAGUAGAGGAUAAUGAGAUGUAUGCGACUAAGUGCUCUCAGUCAGCAGCACAGCAGCUCUCUCUGUCCUCUUAUCAGUGCACAUAUGGGCAAGUAACCAUGGUAACAUGGACACUGUCAUUAAUCAUCGUUCUGAUGUCUCUAUCAAUUUAGAUCACGAUCUAAAUUUAUGGAAAAAUAAAAACACUCAUCCACUUUUUAAUUGUUUACUUGAAUUGUUUAACACAUGUAAACCAAGCUGAAGUAAAUCCAGAAAUGUCAUAUAAGACUAAAUAUGAACCAAACAUGGAGGACUUGAAUACAGUUAAAGCUUUACCAAUUCAGCAGGGCAGUGAUAAUGCAGAAAACACAAGAACCAUUACUAAAGUCCACACUUAUAAAUGUAUUUAGAUUAUUGCGUUUAUCAUUCAUGAAGAAAAAUUAAAGAUAAAUACUGAGAGACACUUUUUAAAUGACACGAAAGGGAACACAAGUGCAAAAAUGGUGCAACAAAAGUAGCUGAAAAAUGAUCAGGAUGGGGCAAAAGAAAUGUUUGGUGAUAGUCUUUUUCACAGGUAUGUCAAUAGAAAUGGACCUUUUGGAGAGAUGCUGAAGCUCAAGAGAAAAAAAGGAACACGUUUUUUAUAGCUUUUAUGCAUAUUUAAGGCCUUGGCCUCACAUAAACAAACCAAGAUCAUUAAAAAAACAGCCAUACAGUAGAUUAGAUAAAAUGUGCUUGUGCUGCAGAAGAACGUGAUGAUGGAUUAAUUCCAGAUGAGUUGAGAAAGGAGGAAGGAAUGUGUGAAUGUUUAUUUCUAACCUAACCUAGACAUGGGGAGUGAAUGAUGCUGACUUGUCGGCAUUUAUUAGUAGCACUGUUUAUUGGAUUAUUCAUUACACGAUCACCUGUAUAAUGUAGCUGUUUUUGUGUAUUAGGUGAACCUUUCUCCAUGAAAAGUCACUUAAGAAGGUGAACACUGUUGCAGGUCUCACUCUUACUUCCAUAUUUGCGAUUACAUUCAAAGUUUUUUCCAGGGGUGUAUCCAAUCACAAAACCCACUGAGCAGUUUUUACAUUUUUCAGGCACAGAACAGAUAAUUUUUUGGAUAGGCCAAAAGAUCAAAAAUAAAAAAAUGAAAUAACUUUUCCACUCUUGAGUGAGCUGUUACCUUCGGGGUGAGCGAGACACUGUUCCUUGUUUCAUUAACUGCAACCCCACUCAGGUAUUAAAUGACAGUAAUUUUAUUUCACACCGUGAUGAAAAAUCAUGCAUCACUUUGUGGUUCGAAUACUUACUAAACCACAGGGGUGAACUAGACAAUCUAAGUGGGAUUGUUGAACCUCUACUUCUCUUAUGUUUUUUUUAGGGCUUUAUGCAUCAUUUGAAAAGUACCAGGACACUGUCUAAUGAAUCCUUCUCUCUCUUCCUCAGGCGGUGACAAUAGCUCAGAUACAGAGAGUGCCCCCUCCCCCUCUCAGGCAGACUCCUCAAAGUCUGGGGACUCCAAGAGGGCAGACAGCGCUGCAGGAGAUGCUCACUGCUCUGACCAGGACAAAGGUCAGGCAAGUAAUGGAAAGAACCUGGAGCCCUCAUAUGGAGAUCUCUGUGUCAAGGAGGAGAAGAGUCCAGAGAGUGAGGCUGGGUCUCAGGAGGAGAAGUCCAGAGUUUCCUCUUCUUAUGGAGGCUCAGUGCAUCCUAAAAUCGAACCCCAGGAUGUAGACAUGAAGACCAACGAGGUUCAAGUCAAGAUGGAGCCUGAGAUGAAGGAAAAAGGAGAAAAAGGAGAUCAUGGGGAGAGGCAGAGGGAGCUUCACUCAGAUAAUGAUUCCAGCGCCACUUGCAGUGCAGAUGAGGAUGUGGAGGCAGAGCCUGACAGGAGGUGUGUCUAUCGUAAUCACACGCUGUGUUUAUAUAACAGCUCUUAAAAAGUUUUACAUGGCCUCAGUUUGACCUUUUACUUUGUGUCACUGCAGAAUAUUCUCCAUGGAAAAGCCGACGUUGCUCAACCCUCCCGGUUCAGUGCUGGUGUCCUCACCCAAACAAGCCCAGCUCAACAUCCAGCAACUGCACCAGAGGGCAGCGAACAUCCCACCUAUGGUUAGUCACCACACUUUGAGGUUGAUCUAUUCAGACUGGCUGGUGGACAGGCAGCAGGCUAAAAGCAUGCCCACACAUUUUACAUCAGUCAUUAUGAGUGAUGUGAUGAGACGAGAGGAUGAAGGUGUUUCUGUCAUCAGUCUUUUCAUUUCUGUGGUCUGUCUCCCGCAACAAUUACAGCGUUAGAUAAGCUAACCUGGCGCCUUGAAAGAAAAAAUCACCACAUUGUUACUCUAAAGCCUGAUUUAUAUUAAUGCAUUGACUCUUGUGCGUUUCUGUGCAACAAAAUCUGAGAACAUUAUGUUAAAUUGAACCUGAUAAAUGUUGAACAUCAGUUGCUGAAACAGAAACUAUUGGAAAACAGGAAAGAGAGGAGAUGUUGGAGGGGAUCAAAUGUACAAAUGCUGAAGCAGUGCAGGCAGAGGAAUGAUGAUUGUAGAAAUGUAGAUACAGAGGAGAAGAUGCUAACUAACAGAUUAAUCAAAAAGCUAGGAGUGUGGACUUCUGCCUAUAGUAGAUGUGAUGCAAUAAUUUCAGAGCUGUAACAUGAUACCAGCUGCUGUUGAAAGAAUUAUGGUAUCAUGUGAAACUAUCUAUUCACACCUCAAGUUAUUACUUAUUCAUGGUCUUUCCGGAUGCUGCACUCCAACUCAUUGGUGCCUUAUUCUCCCUCCUCAAACUUUUGUAGGUUCCUGGUCCUUAUGUGCCCAUCAGUGGUUUAGCCAUGCUGCAGCACCAGAUCAAAGCGGCGCAUGAGUCAGCGCACCAAGAGGAGAAGCAGAGGCAGGAUCAGGGAGACGUGGAGCGAAGACCCCACUUCAACACCCGCAGCCCAACCAUACUGGACAGAGAUGGUAAGCGGAUAAAAAAUUCUCCUCAUCCUGCCCUCUUCUUGUCCUCCUCCUGUUCAUCGCUCCAUCAGCCUUGUUCCCCAUCGCUGCUAGUGCUGCUCUAUAUAUAGCUGAUGCAUUUUUUAAAGGCCCCCCCCCCAUUCAUUUUUGUGUCGUUCCAAAAAAAGGAAAAGGUUUGAGGGUGAUCUAGAUUGUCAUAAUGUGGUUCAGCUUGGGUCAAAGGAAAAAAAGUUGGCUGACCCUAUUUUUCUAUCAUGCAGACUCGUAGCUGAACUCUGAGAAGAGGCUUCUCCUCUUCGGAUGAGGGGAUGACUGUGCUGUUUUUUUUUGUUUUUUUUUGUGACUUGAGUGUGACACCGAAGGACAGUUGUGCUUUUGGGCACUUAGCUUCAGAAAGCAGAGGUGGUAAAAAUCACUUUACAGACUGCAUUACGGUUGAUUUCUGCAAAGCUUUUAGCACCUUUUAGCUGGAGUGCUGUGAAGAGCGGAGCAGCUGUCAGUGAGCUGCUGAGCUUUGACGCAGAGGUAUUUAUUACACAGGUUUCAGUGUGUGUGUGUGUGUGUGUGUGUGUGUGUGUGUGUGUGUGUGUGUGUGUGUGAGCAGUUGGCGGUGUUAGAUGUGCAGGCCACCUCGAUGCUCGCUGAUUUGUCGUUUCAUUAGUGGUUGUUUUCUCUUUAUUCUGAUGCCUGUGUACUACAGGUAAGCCCUUGUCCUAACUCCAUCCCCAUUUUAUGACUCAAAGCUGGCUCUGGACUAAGAGGCUUUCUCUUGUCAGCCCCAGAGAGCUGAGCAAGGCCUCACCCCAGCCUGACCCAAAUGCUCCCAAUGCGUCCUAGUACAAUGUGCUAACAGGUAAAAGCACACCUCUUCACCUCGUCCCCUCCCUCCUUACCUGCUUCCUUUCUUUGUUGAUAGAAGAGAGAGCUGCUUCAGUCAGCUAGCUGGCUUGUUCUUCUGCUGCUUUUUCUCUGUUUUCCCUCCAUUUAACAGCGGGGGGCAGCCAGUGUCAUGAAGCAUUUUCGCCCCCUGCUAUGAUCCAAUAUCCCAAUAUCAAAAGUUAUUUUUUUUAGAUGGUUAACAUCAAUAUUUUCAUAUUAAGACAGCUCUAGUUAAAUCUCCCAUUUAAUUAAUUCAUGCUUUAAUCCACAUUUUACCCUCCUGCAGGCUGCCAUGUUAACCAAAUUAAUAUCUCUGAAUAGAGCAGCUUGAUUGUCGUCAUUUGAAAUGAAACUGGAAGCAGAGGAGCAAAGAUGCAGAGCGUUUAAUCCUGCCAUAAGUCAGGACUUGGCUGUGUUUUAUAGCAUUUGGACAAAGUUCAGUCAGGAUGGAUUUUCUCUUGUACAUGGAUAUGAUGUGACAUGAACUCACAUUGGGGUCAUGCAGUCCACUGAAUGAAUUCACUCAAUAUUCAGCCGAUACGAGGAACACAUUUUGACAUCUAUCUAGAGCUUUACAUGAAGAAACAGAUGAAAAAUGUGAAUGCUUCUGGAGAAGUUUAAUUCAGGUGGUUUAACAUUUUCUGCAUAGUACCCUUUUUUUAAAACCGGAUCCCUACACAAGAGAAAUGUACUGUGCACUUGUACACGUGUGCAAGUACAGUAAAGGUCAGACCAGCGUGAGCCAGCUCUCUCUGGUAUAAUCACACGCUAGAGAGAAGGUCAGUGAUUUUAUAACUGCAGAGAAUACAUCAAUACAAGAGUUGCAUUUCACGUUACUUUAUUCUCAAUUGUUUGCAUUUCAUAGCAAACAGUUGUUGUAUUAAAGAAAUCUUCUGCUUUUCAUAUCCAGUAUUAUGCAGAUUUCCAUGCUUAAAUAUGAUCACUAAAAAAGAUACUUUACUUAUUUUUAAACUGGGCAUACAUGUUGCUGGUCAGUGCAGUAGCCAUAAUUGAUGCUGGUCAGUCUGGCUGCUCUAUAUAGAGACUCCUCGGAGGCAAAGUUGGCUUCAGUUUUUUCUGUACUUUACCUCAUAUUAGGAACUAUGACAUGAACACUCAUCUGGGUUUAGGUGUUUAUUCUACUUAUAAUUUUUUUCUGCACUUUAUUUUGCCAUCAGAAAGUCCAUGAUCUUUGGACGCAACGUAGACAUGCUCUUCCACGUGCAGGGUUUUGAUCAGCUGUUCAAAUAUGCAGGCUUCAACAACACAUAAAUACAACCAAACCAAACAAUGAAUGACUCUGACUGCACAGAUGAAAUGACUUUUACUACGGACAGGUGUGGACACCUUUAUGAUCAGGGGUUCAUAGAGGGAAAAAGGUAACUGAGGACCAUCAUCAGUCUCAAGUUCUGCCAAGUUAUGGAUUUGCUGUCCGCUCAACACUGGUUUAAACAUGUAUUUUAGUUUUUAUACACGCACAGUGUAGUGUUUGUGCACUCGACUGACGGGUACUUCCCACAACACAGAUGCAGCAGUAGAGAAAUAGAUUGUAGGCAUUAUGCAGAGUGACUGACAGCAAUGUAGACUGAGUCUGGGUUAUUAUCUCUUCAGAGCAGAACCAUGCUCCCUUACCAAAAGGUGUCCUUCUGGCAUUAAAGCAGGUGUCAGCGUUUGCAGUGAGUCAGGUGAACUUGCAGUCUUUUCUUGCUGUGUUUGGUGCUGGCAAUUGCAUCACUGCCAGGAUUUGCCAUACUAUGUGUCUACCUGCUUGAAAAGUGUGUAUUAUUGUAACCCAUAAAUACUGUAAGUUCUGACAAAUGCUGAUUUGAUGCUCAGUUUGAUCACAAACACGUUAAAGGUAACUUGAUAAAAACUGCAAAAUACAGUCGGUCUCUCAAAAAAAUACAAACAGGGAAACAGGAGAAAUACAAAACUUCAAAUUCACUUAAAAAAAUAAUGUAUUGAGAACUGAACUUGUUGGAGUUGGAAAGAAGUAUUGUGGAGAGUCAACAUGCAUGACCUGUUUUCCUUUUCUAAAACUGGAUCAUACACUGUUACCUGAAAAAAAAAAAAAAAACAUUAGAUGAAUUUUAGGCCAUAUCGCCCACCUCUAAUCCACCGUCACAUUUUUCACUGAUUCAUGAUGUGCUCACCAGAGUUUUGAUUUGAAAAUUGUAAAUAAAGGUCGUCAGUAGGUAAAAAUAUGGUGAGUUUUCAGUCCUGGACAGAAGUUAUCAGUCUUGUUUCAUUUUAAAAUUUGCACGAGUUGUCUCACUUGAAAUUUUUGAGUAAAGGACAGUUUUUAGGUCUUGAUCAUGAUAAUGUGGUCAGAGUUUAUGACAGUGCGAGUAGCAGUAAGUUCAAGUUUUUGAAUGUUUAUCUUUCUGGGUAAUUAAAGUUUAUCAUCAUCUUGUAGCCCCUUUUGUUUAUUAUGUAUUUGAAGGGUUGUAGUAAGAGCUCUGUUAAGCAUAAGGAGCAAAGUACAAAAUGUAUCCUCAGUGAAACAUCUUUUUUUUUUUUUUGGUUAGUUUGUUUUGAUCACAUCUGAACUUCUGCGUGCUUGACAUUUGAACUUCAAAUUUUCCUGUUUGUCAUUUUGUGUAAACAUAUCAUCUUGUCCUGAUGAAAAAAAGGUUGUUGUCCCUGGUGAUGAACCGCAGCAUGAAUGUUAAUGUUUGACACACCUGCAACAGGGAUUUAUAAAUUCGUCAUGGAGUGUCUUGUUUUCUUAUCUGUCCCCGUAUGAGCCUGCAGGAUGAUGACGUCUGUUCCCCUGUUAGAGGAACUCUCAUACAGCCAUUUGCAUUUUUGAUUUUGUUGAGUGCCGAGCAUGAGGCGCUCUCCCUGCAGAGAGGUUACUCUCGGUCUUGCGUGGGUGUGUUUGUGUGUUAUGAUCCGUUUCGUCUACUCAGCUUUCCCAGGAGACCGUAAAUCAGACAGCAGGUCUGGGCCAAGGUUUCCUCAAGCUGAGGACAGCCUAUUAACAGAGUUCAUAGGUGCUUACUUCACCACUCGCUGGGGUUUGUCAGAAUGAAGCUGAAUUUUUAAUCACACAGUGUUUGAUGGGAAAUAAAACUUAAUGGAUCCAUCAUGUUGGGUGGGUCAGAGUUUUGGUGUCUGGCAGGCAGGAGACGUGUAGGGGACAGAUCUGGGUUACUCAGUGAGCAGAUGGGAACUCUGGGAUCUUCGUGUGAGGAAAGUUUUUAAUACUUGACUGUAUUUAAUGCUGUUUUUCUGUUCCUUCUGUCCCACCAGUCCUCCACCCUGCCCCCAACCAGCUGGUCCAGAGUAUGCCAGAUGGAGUCCGGGUGACGUUCAGCAGAUCCAGUCGACCUCCCAACAUUCCCUCUCCUCCUCCGCUCAUUCCAACCACCAAACCCACGGACAAGCCCUCUUUCAUCCAUGGUGGCUCCAUCUCCCAGGUAAGGAUGUGGUAGAAUAAGCUCAGAGUUUUCUGUAAGGCUGUCACCUGAAUUGGAACCUGGAUAGUGUAUUUUUUGCAUAUAAGAGGGACCAACGCAGUCCCUCAUAGUUUUUUUUUUUGUUUGUAAAAAAUUGUAUAAGCAUAACAAAAAGAUGACUAAGAAGCUCUGUCUCAAAAAGGUGUAAAAAAAAGGAGGAUGUAAUAGUCAGUCGUUGGGGAACACAGGUGUUUGAUAUGACUCAGGGAUCAUAGAAUCGGAGGAUGAAUAAAUCCUCAGAAUAGAAAUCUGCAAAACGAAGAAACAUUUGUUGUUUGUUGAUAAUCAAGUAAUAAGGACACGAGAUGUUGUGUCGAUUGUCUCUGUCCUGUCUGUUGUUUAGCUUAAUUGUGCAGCUAUAUUCAGUGUCUUUAAAAUGAGGUUUUCACAGUAUUAAUAAGCUGGUGAUCAUAUUGGUGUUUUGAUGUCUCAGUAUAUAAUCCGACUUUAACACCACAGUGGAUUGAUCCGGAAAUAUCGUCUUUGUUGCUGCUUUUCCAGGGAACACCAGGCACAUAUCUGCCGUCUCACGCUGGCUAUGGGCCAGAGGGGACUAAAAGCUCUGUGGGCUCCAUCUCUCUGGGUCUGCCUCGGCAGCAGGAUCCAAACAAGCCUGGUAGGACAUCCAGAUCUUUACAUUACUCACUAUUUCACUGUGAGGGACUUUGAGAACAAAGAGACAGAUCAAUAAGGCUUUGUUAAUUCUAAUUGUUAAACAGUGUUUAUAUCAUACCAUGCUUAAUGUGCAGGUAGAGAGAUGAGUUUUGAGUGAAUGGGUUGAAAUCUUCUGCAUUUAUUUAAUCAGUUUUUUGUUAUCGAAAAAGUAAAUUUGCUCAGCGUCAUCAACAAAAAGAGAGAAGAACAUCUGAAUAACUUUCUACAUGUGAAAAUUUUCAAGCAGGAUUGUAUUGACUUUUUCUCUCCACUGCCAUAGCUGAAAUGUUAUAUACAACCCCUAUCGUAGAAAUGUAACAUGUUGAUAAAAAAAAUCAGGAGUUUAUGUUUUCCUAGUCACUUAAAUCCUUGCAAAGACAACAUCUUGGAUGUUGAAACUGUUCAAAAUUUCAGAUCUGUUUUUCUCAUUCUUAUGAUUCUUGAAUAUUUUCAGGCUUUUAGUCUUUUAUCAGUGAGGUAAAGACAGUGUACAGAGCAAGGAGAGAGAGAGAGAGUGGGAAAUGACACGCAAGAAAGGGACUGCAGGUCAGGAACCUGGUGGGCCACCUGCUUAAACCGGGUGUGCGACUUAGCCACUAAGUCCCCCCCAACAGCUCUUCUACUGUGGUCAAGAUUAUUGUUCAAAACCACUAGAUACAUCACACUUACAGCUCAUUUACCCUUUUUUCCCUCCUUGUGUACUUCUGAAGGUGCAGCAGUUUCAUCAAUUCAGGACAGCAGAGGCAACCCAGCAAAGAUGGGCGAGGGUCUGGGUGUCAGAGGGUCUAUCACUCAGGUAUUAAAUUCAUGCAAGAUGUUUUUUUAUUUCUUUUGCAUGAGCACAUAGCAGAGCACCUGACCGGAUGAGUGACAGAUUAACAGAUAGUAAUGACGUCUAAGAGAAUGAGUUUUUGGUUCUAAUGUUACAGUUUAACUUUGCUCUUUUCUGCACCAGGGCACACCAGCUCUGUCCCAGUCCAGCAUUGCUGCCGACCUCCUGAAGGGCACAAUCACAAAGCUGGCCACAGAGGACCUGAACAGCCCGGACAAGGCCAGGGGAGAACAGCUGGCUAAAGGUCAUGUCAUCUAUGAAGGCAAGAUUGGUCACAUCCUCUCCUACGACCGUAAGUACUUUUGAUUUUAAUGUACUCAGCAGGUCUUCAGUAUUUUCAGUAUUAAUUAGCACACUAAUCUGAUCACACAUUUUUGUGUGCAAAAGCUCUCAAGAACCCAAGAGAAAACACCCGCAGCCCCAGAACUGGCCAUGAGCUAAAACGCACUUAUGACAUGAUGGAGGGACCCAUGGGCAGAGGACACCCUGGCAGGGAAGGAGCUCCUUUUGAAGGUAUUGACAAAGUGUUAAUAAAUAAAAAGUGUCUGUCCAAGUUUGUUUCUCCUACAUCAGGACAGUGACGGUGCUUGUUUAUUUCUCAGGGUUGAUAAGCAGAGCCUUACCAAGAGAUGGUCUGCAUGGAGACUCAAAGGAGAGACCACUGAUCCCUGGAUCCAUCAUGCAAGGUAGUUGACCGACAAGUGUGCCAGAUUCUCAUGAAUCAAUAAGUGAAGCAACUCAUCAAAGAAAUGCUCAAGUACCUUCUUCACUUUCCAGGAACACCCAGAACUGCUGCAGAGUCCUACGAUGAUGCCAUGAAAUAUGGGAAACAGAUCAAGCGAGAGAGCCCACCGAUCCGCUCCUUUGAAGGGGGAAUUGGCAAGGGCAAGCCUUAUGAGGGAGUCAAUACUAUUAAAGAGAUGGGACGCUCCAUUCAUGAAAUCCCCCGGCAAGAUCAGUCCGGCCAGGAUCACUGCAAGACCCCUGACAUGUCAGACAGAAGGGUUAUGGAGGGAGCCAUGUCUCAGGUGAGCUUGAGUUUUAAAGAUACGUUAUUUGGUUAACAGCAUUUUGCUACUGCCACUCUUGUAAGUGAUCAAGAUGAUAUAUUUAUCUUACCUUAGGUCUUUUAACAUUGAAUAUCACAAAAUCAAAACUGCUCUUAGAAAGUUGAGAGUUUAAUCUCAUUAAAGUAUUCCUUGAUUUCUGUUUUUUGUGGAAAAGAAAUGGAUGGAGUGGAAAAAUGUUUGUUUCUCAAACAUUGUUACUAUCUUCAGAUAUCUUCAUUGCAUUCAAAUGCAACAGAAAACAAAGUAUAAAAAAAAAGCUUAAUGAGGCUGAGUUGGCUGGUUGUAGUUUUAAGAAAAUGAUCUUUUUAUUAAAUAAAAACAAAACUGCAGAUAUGAUGUGACAAUUCAACUUAUUUUUAUCUUCAUAAUCUAUGUUCUUGUUUUUAAAAUUAAGGGAUUUAAAUAUACGAUAGAGAUCAUCUGUUAAAUAGAGAUGUCUAACUUUGAUCUUAUAUCUAAUUUAUCAUUGUAGGAGACAAAGGUUGAUUGGCUUGAGUGGGUAAACACAUUUGAUUCAGAGCUUGACAAUUUCAAACAUAAACCACAGCAGUCUAGAUGCAUACAAAGUUAAGGUUAAACUGUAAUGAAUAUUGAGGUGGUAUGAUUUGACAAACACAUGUUUUCUGUAAUGAUAUGUAGAUAUUAAUGCUUAUUAAUGGCAUUAAUAGUAAUACAUGGAUUUUUGUGGUUCAAAAAAUACAGGAGUUAUUUUCUUCAAAAGUACAUUAGCUUGAAAUGAAGCCUAAAAUGCUGAACAUGAAUUAUGAAUGGAUGACUUACCUAUCAAUCUUUCAUUUCCUAGAUUCAUCCUCUGAACCAGCCCACCAUCAAGCACAAUGUCAAGUCCCUGAUCACCAGUCCCAGUAAACUUCCCCACAACAUGCCUCCACUGGAGGUCAUGGAGCGAGCCAAAUACGAGGAGAGCAAAGGAGUACGCCACACCUCAGUGGUGAACUCCACCUCUGUCCUACGCUCCACCCACCAGGAGGCUGGAAAAUCCCAGCUCAGCCCGGGCAUGUACGAGGACCCCAACGCUCGCAGGACCCCUGUGAACUAUAGUACCAAUCCUGUGUCCAGAGGAUCCCCCAUGCUAGGACGAGGCCCAGAGGGUAUAUUACCUAAGCAUUAUAUACACACACUACAGGAUCUAUUAACUUUUGUGACAAUGAUGUUGCUUGACAGUCAAGUACAAGUUAAUCUCGUCUAACCAUAUCGUCGUAUUUUCUGUAGCAACCAUUUUAGUUGUACAACACACCAUGCAUUCAGUCUGGAGGUUAUAGAUGAACAUUUAUUCGUCAUCACUUGAGUUAUUUAUUCCCAAACACGCUUAUCUUUUAACAGUAGUGAAGGAGAAACAAGCUUCUUAUGGUUUCUUAUGCAUACCUGGCUUUUGUGCCUAUUUAGGAUUUUAAGAGAAAGCACUGAAAGGUGCUUUCCCUUAAAAUCCUAAAUAGGCACACGAGCCAAUCAAAGUGCAAUAUGUAGAGUGUGUGACGAAAGCUUAUCACCAGGAAAUGUCCUGAGUUUAACCUUAAAGCUCCUGUGAGGAGUCUUUUUACUGGUUAUGAAACAAACUAAAAUUGAUACUGAUGUCUUUGUGUGACCAAACAAAAGCAAACAAGAUCAUUUGAACCAUGACUGAUUUGUUUCUGUGUAUAAUUUUGUCCACAAAGUUUCAUGAACAUAAUCCACCCAUUUCCAAAUUGAAGUGUGUGCUUCAGUGCUUAUAGAAACUAUUCAGUUGUACAACGCACCGUUAAAGAAGAGUGUGUUAAAACAUCAAAAAUAUUCGAUCGAUAUGUAGAGUUCCCACUGCAGAAGCAACUUUUCUUCAUAGGGGUACAACAAAACAAAACAAAGCAAGACAUUCACAAUUAAAAAUAUGCCAUUAUAUCAUUAACUCUAAUCAUCAAACAAUCAAAUAUGACCUCAUCCUUUGUAUUUGCUCAACAGUGACUUAAGGCAGUCAUUUUAGAUGAACUCUAUCUUCGUUGAUCUCUUACAAGCUUUUGCAUAAAAAAUACCAUUUCUAGUGCAGCAGGAUUUUUUUUUCUCUGUGGUUGCGGUGUGUAGCCUCUGAAUUAACAUAAGUGUGUGCAUGUUUCUUUCUUGUGCAGGUGCUAUGAGCUCUAAAUCUGCUACACAUGAAAGAAAGAGUGCCAUGACCCCAACACAGAGGGACAGUGUCCCGGCCAAGUCCCCUGUGUCAGGUGGUGACCCCGUAGCCUCACACAGCCCAUUCGACCCUCACCACCGGCCUGUUGUUCCUGGGGAAGUGUACAGAGCUCACUUACCUCCACAUCUCGACCCCACCCUGGCCUUCCACAGAGUGCUGGAUCCUGGUACGGUUUUCAUUUUUACCACCGUUAUGGCAAAAAAGACAUGAAAGGAUUUUAGGCCAACUGAGUUGAUUUUUUAAGAGCCUGACUCAUAGUAGUUACACACCCAGGAUCCUUUUCAGCUAUUGACGUCAGCAGUUUUUUGUAAUCAGUAUCUUCAAGCUGUCUGUUAAUUUGUGGUUUUGUUUUUCUUUUGCUCCGGUCCUCUACAGCAUCCUUUAUGUUUCCAAGGCAGCCAUCCCCAACAGGCUACCACAACACCUACCAGCUGUACACCAUGGAGAACACGCGGCAGACCAUCCUGAACGAUUAUAUCACUUCUCAGCAGAUGCAAGUCAUCCCUCGGCCUGACAUGGCCAGAGGCAUGUCGCCACGAGAACAGCCGGUCCCAAUCCCUUAUGCAGCUGGAUCUCGAGGUAUGGCCCCCCUAAAGCUGACCCUAUCUCACCUGCCACACCCGGUGGAGGGAGAAGCUGAAGAAUGCAGUCUGUGUGCUUGUGAAGUAGUGGCUACCUUUUCCAGACGCCCAGAAGCAAAUGACCUAGUCAAUUUUUGCUGAUUUGCUCUUUAUAUUGGGGCUGCAAAAGAUUCGGCUUCUGCUCAAUUUCUCGAUUGGGUUCAGUCAUCUAAAUUUCCAUUUGCUGAGUGGUCGCCUCCUGCAAGUUGACCACUAUUCCACCAUUCCCUUUGCAGCCCUGUUGCUUUCUGAUCAAUCUGUAUUUGGGAGCUCUAACAGAUGAAGGUGAUGGGUUACUGCUAAGUGUAUACGGUGUUCAUACAUUCAAAAAAUUGAUGGAUCAGUUUUUGUUGUUCACCGUUGGCCCUUUGCUUCUGUCUGUAAAAGGGAUAAUUGAUCUAGCCCAGAUGCCUCCAACUAUCCUGUUGCCUCACCCUGGGGGAACAGGUACUCCCACUUUGGAACGCUUCGCCUACCUCCCCGGAGCUCAGCCCCCUUUCCCUCCUAGGGCUUUCAACCCAACCUCCAUAUCGCCAGGUGAGGACCCCUCCCUCCUCCACCCCUACACCUCGUCUUCCCUUACCUUCCUUCCACGAUCUCCGUCUCUCCUCUCACCUCUGUAAGAGUGCAGCCCCGCACUGUCCGAAGGGUGAGAGGUCAGUUCGAGUUGAGUCUUCCUGCAAUCAUGCUGGGAGGAAUCACAGAACUGCCCGAGUGGUUGCUCAAUAACUGAGUGGUUUUCUUUUUUUCUGCAGAGCAAGUUUUGAAAUGUAAAAUCAGUUUUUUAUUCCUUGGUCUCAGUGGAUUGUCAAACCUUGAAUCUCUGUCAUUUGUUUAUACUUUUUCAUACCAUCUGAACUAAACACUUCAGUUUAAUGAAGUCUGUCUUUCAAAGUUAGUGUCGAUAAAGGUGUGUCAAGGAAAAUGACAAGUAAGUGAAUAGAUCUGCAAAUGUAUUCUGUUCUGAAAUGUGAAUUUAUUUGAUGUUUUACUCCCUGUUGAAUUCACAUGGUCUUUAAUCAUCAUGAAUUCAUGGUUAUAUUUUGAAAUAGGCAGGAGGAACUCAGGUUAUAUCAUGUUUAUGCGGUUCAAGCACUGUAAGAAAUCCUGUUUGCUUGGUUUUAUUUGGUAACUAUGAUAAAAUUUUACCACAGCAGAAGUUCACAUGUACAAACCCACAGAAAAAAAAAGCUUUCUCUGUUUUCCUGCAAAUUACUUUUUAGGUCAGUAACAACAGAGGUUUGGAAAACUCCCUCCAGGAUGGAAAUGUUCAGACACUGUAGUCAUCAUUUCGAGAGAUUGUUGCAAAAGCAGAGUAGAAAUUAUUAUAAACCUUUUUUGAGGUCUUAUGUCACCAGAGCCAGAGGGGAAUUUAUCAGUGAGUAACUGACCACUAACCAACUUUAAUCCACCAUUGCGCUGAGUAAAAAAAAGUUAAUCUCUCAUACUCUGAUUUUUUCCCCCUCUUUUGCCCCUGCAUUGAACCCUUCGGGUCCUAAAGUGGACUAAGAAAAUGUGUUUAACAAAAGUCAAGGGGAAAAAAUCUUUAUUUCUUUUGCAUUUACCAGAAGUGGGUGUAUUUUGAAAUGGGUGUAAACAUGUAUCCAAGGUCCAAUUGAGAAUAUCGCCACAUUUGUUCUGUAGGAAAUCCAGGACACGUCAGCAAGUCUUUGGUUCAGACCUCAGGAGGAACGUGUGUUUAAAUUCUGUGGUGUGUUUGUGUGUGAUGUCUGUCAUCGUCACCCUUAGGUCAUCAAGCCCACCUUGCUGCUGCCGCCGCUGCCAGUGCUGAGAGGGAACGAGAGAGGGAGCGUGACCGGGAACAGCAGGAGAAGGAGAGAGAGAAAGAAAGAGAACGAGAGCAUCGGGAGAGGGAGCGAGAGCGGGAACGGGAGAGGGAACGAGAAAUGAGAGAACGGGAGCGAGAGCGUGACCGGGAGCGAGCCAAUGAAUACAUGCGUGGAGGUGAGUCGCUGCAUUCACAGGUCAACAUCUGGCUGGUUUUGUCUUUCUUCGGAUUCAUUUGUAAACCAAAGUAUAUCCUAGAAUUUCAUGUUUUCUGGGCUGUAGAUUUUUCUUCCUCUUAUCCAACGUAAGAACAAUUAUUUAUCAUACACCUGUAUCUGUACUGCACAACAAAAUGACAAAUGGUAAAAAAUAAUCGAACACCAGAUUCGACUUCAAAGUGGAUACAGAGUUAAUGUGUGAAUAUCACUAAUGGAACCAUUUUAUCACAAAAAUUGAGACAUUUGUCAUUGUGGGGAUUUUAAAUGUUUUGUAAUAGAAGUGAAAAAUGUAUCCUCAAAUUAAUCCCUGGUCGGUGUUGGUUCUACUUGAUGAGAACAGUGGUCAGUCUGAUCAUCUCACUUCAAUUAUUUGAUUCGUGUCAAAACUUGAUUUUAAAGCAGAAAAUCUGACCAACAGUGUUAUUAAAGCUCUGCAUGAAUGUGGAACACAGUCUCCUAAUUGAUAUUGUUUUCCACCACCCGUAUGAAAUGUUCACUAAAAGUAUCAUUAUGCUCUCAGGACUGUUCGACAUCUAGAAAAAAGUGUUUUAAUAAACUGUUUUGUGUGUAUGUGUAUGUCAGGUGGACCAGAGCAGCCCGGUCGGCCCGGGAGUCGAGGCUACCUGCUCUCCCCGUCUCCUUCGCUCAGGACACAAGAUGUUGUUGUCCAGCAGCGGCCGAGUAUCUUCCCAAGCAAGAGUGUCAUAACCUCUCUAAUGUGAGACUUAAUGUGCUAACUUAAAAUCCUUAGAGUUUGUCAUCAAAUCUUAUACCCAUCUUCAAAUAUAAGUUGCCUCACUCAGACAAACCUCAAGUGUCUUAUAAAUAUGCAUAAUUCCAUCACCGCUUUAUUUUCUUAGGCCUCACACCGCAGAACCCACACCAGUGUCCCAGAGUAACUCUCGCUACAGCACAGCAGCUGAUGCUCUGGCUGCUCUGGUGGACGCUGCAGCCUCCGCCCCGCAGAUAGAUGUCGGCAAGGUGAAAGAGAGCAAACAUGAUCGGGAUGAUGACAUCUCUUCGAGUGCUGCAGCCCGGCGAGCUCUCGCUGAACAGCAGAGGCAGGAAGAAGAAAGGCGAUCCAUGCAGUCUCCUUAUGGAGCCAUGUCUCUGCCGGGGGGUAAACCCCAUUCAGCUUACCCAGAGGGUGCUCGAGGUGGGGACAAGGAUAAGGGCCCUCAAACCUCGAAGUCCCGCAUCGAAGAGGAGCUUCGGACUCGUGGAAAGACAACAAUUACAGCUGCUAACUUCAUUGAUGUCAUCAUCACGCGGCAGAUAGCCUCAGACAAAGACUCGAGAGAGCGAGGCUCUCAGAGCUCUGAUUCUUCUAGUAGCUGUGAGUGGCUCUGAAAUGUCCUUGGAGAUAGACAGUGAUCUUCAAACUGCUUUUGAGUAGUCUUUAACAUAGAGUGAUAACCAGUUUACUAAGAGCUGAAUAAGUUAAACCCUAAAGUUGAUCCUUUUAAAAAAUAAAAAUGAAAUUAGACCAUCAACUCUAAACUUGAAUAUUGUGUCCUUUGCACAAAUUAUAACUCUCUGUCUAUACAUGUUUGCAGUGUCAUCCAGUCGAUAUGACAACACUGGUGGAGGAGCCAUAGAAGUGAUCAGUCCUGCUAGUUCCCCAGUCCAGUCCCACCAGGACAAACAGGAAGAAGGACCACCGCAGGCAGCAGGUAAUAACAACAGCUCAGGCUUAUGAUAAUCUUUUUAAGACAGGUUGUAUUCUGUUUAAAGGGUUUAUUACGACAAGAACAAGAACUAUAAAUGUCCCAUGUACAGAGGCUGUAGUCCUCUACCAGUGGCUCCUUUCUCUGCUCUCUCUCCUGGUUUUCUGCCCAAUCCACUUUCCUGUCCUCUCAGAAUGAAGGCAUAAAAGCCUCAAGAUAGAACUUGAAAAAUUGGGAUAAGGAGUAAUAAUUGCAUUUUGAUCAUCAACACUAAAGACCCUUAAUCCCUCUAAUCGCUGCCACCAUGUUCAUCCUGUGGUCUCAGGUUGUGUCUGCAGUUAAGGAUGUCAGUGAUCUGUUAUUGCAGUAGAGCUUUAUAUAGAAACAAAAAAAGGUGAUAUGACUUCAUUCAAUUCUUGAAAAACUCAUAAGAAUCAUUCUAAGAGAGAUAUAAAAGAACUUAACGUCAUCUGACAGUAGAUGUUGACUUUUAAGAAGAAAUCUUAUAAUUGACUUUUUGAAUCCUUCAUCGAAGGAGAAAGAAGACAGCGUGGGUGGCUAAAAGAAUUGGCGUGGGUGGGUGAUUCCCCCCCCCCCCCUCCACAGGAGUGAAAAAAAUGUCAUGAUGACCAUUUCAUAGUUAUGUUUUUUAAUGAUGUUUUUCACUGUGGAUGAGACUGGCGUUUCAUUUGAUUCCGUGCUCGCUUCAACUGGGUCAAAGAUGGCGUGUGACGGACGGCUAAAUUUAGCUACCAGUCAAGUGGAGUAAACAUACCAUAGCUUGAGUUACUUCACCCACUGACCUUUCAAUCCGAUACUGUCAGACACCAUUCCUCUGCAACCGUCUGGUCACCCUACAGCACUUAAAGUUAUUUCUGUCACCGGCAUACUAAUGCAGAUCAGUUACUGUUGGCAUACAGAGUUUUAGCUCCUCUUCAUCUUAUCUCUCCUCACCUCACCUCCAAAAUAACAACACUGUCCCUGUUCAACCCCCUCAAGCUGCUAUGCGGGGGUAUGACAUGGGUCGAUACCGGCCGCAAGGGGAGCCACCACAGCCCAGCCCACAGCAGCCCCCCUCCUCCCAGGCUGACAGCUACUCCCAGGUCCCAAAGACUCACCGGGUCAUGACUCUGGCAGACCACAUCUCGGUAGGAAAUGCUGCAAAAUCUGAUGGCAAUUUACUGGAUAAUUUAUGAAAACAAGGCAUUCAAAUCUGACUAACCUGGUCUCGUGGUCACUUUCCUGUCCUGCAGCAUAUCAUAACCCAGGACUUUGCCCGCAAUCAGGACCCUCCUCCAGUCUCCUCUUCAGCUUCAGCCACAUUCCAGAGUAUUGGGCCGCAUGUCUCCUCUUCAGGUCGUGCCAAGGUGCCAAGCCGCUACAGUCCAGAACAUCAGGUCCAGGCCCCACAUCAUCAGAGACCCUCUAGCAGGGUUUCACCUGAAAACGCCCCUGACAAGCCCAGACCCAGGUACGCAGAACAAUCACUCACCCAUGGAAUAAAUGUAGCAUAGUCCUCAACACCUGCUCAACAUUCAUCUCUUUCUGCUUCCCACCCAGGCCUGGCAAGUCUCCAGAGCGAGGCGGCAGGCAAAUGGAGAACUAUGAGCCCAUCUCUCCACCACAGAGCUACCAAGGCAUGGAUAAACAGGAGACUGGUGGACCUCCACCCCAGAGGAGGGAGGCUGAUAACUCUGAGAUUAGGUACAACACCUCCAAAGUUUUGAUGCACUUGAGUCCUCCCUUGUAGCUCAAACUGAUUAGGAUGUCUUUUUGAUUGUUCACAUUGAGGAGUUGUAAUAUAACCCUUUAGACAGAAAAAAAUGCUUUGCAAGCUGAGAAGGUGUAACAUGGCUAGAGGGAAGAAAAGGAGAAGAAAAGCCCCGGAGAAAACAUCUGAAAAAUACAGCAAAAUUCAAAAAUCCUCUUUGGUGUUUUUUUUGUGUGUUAAUACAAAGAAAUGUUUCAUUAGAUUUGUUAUCAGACAUCUCAGAUAAUUUAUCAUUGUUGAAUUGAUUAGCUGUUCAGUCAGUUUAAUGUUGCACGCCUUAUGUUUGAAAAAUGCGAGAUGAGUGGCUUCCUUGUUCUUGGAAAGGACAUAGUAAAGAUGAUAUCAACUCAAGCUAGUUCAUCUGUUGAUUUAGUUAGACAUGGCUCAGAGUUAGCAGUGCUUUUAGAGCAAGAACACAAGCAUCAGCAACUUAUUUGAGUUCAAAACAUCCACAGUUGAUAAAGGAUACCAGAGGAAAAUGAGGGUUUCACAAAAUUCAUUUAUUCCAAAAACUACCUUCGCAUGUCACAUGAAUAAAGCAAGUCCAGCAUCUUUGCAUCACUGUGCACCUAUCCAGAUUUCUAUCAGGCCGUAAACUUUAUACUGUGGCUGUUCUGUGAGGAGCAAUGACGUCUCAUUGUUUACUUUUUUCACCUCAGAUUUUUCAAACACUGUAGAGACUUUCAGAUAUUCUUGAGUUUCAUGUUACUCUCCAGUGGAACAAGACCAGUAAGCAUCAAGUGAUGCGUGCAAAUAAAUGCCAACACCACAUAGUGGGCCGGUGGCAAAAUAUCUUGGAAAACGUAAAUGUUGAGGAGAGAAAAGGGCACUAGUAGUUGAUGAGAAGUCACUGAAAAAAAGCCCUGGUACACCAAGGGUUACAUUUAGAAUUGGGUGUAUUGCAUAUUGGAGUAUUCAGGCCUUUAAAACACUGACAAACAGGAUCUGGAUUUGCUAAAUACUGAGGGAAUAUAGUAGAUGACAAAUACAGUGAGGUUCAUUUUAACCAUAGUGAAAAGCAAUAAAACUAGAAAAGAGAAAUGAGGGGGAAAUUGAGCAUUUUCUUCAAGAUGUCUGUACCUGUAAUGCUGUAUUUGAUAAAAGGUUAGCAGUUUUUCUACACUUGAUUCACACAUUGUUUAGGUUAGUUCCCUGUUAGCAUCCUGACAUUUAAUGCCUGACUGUGUCAGACUGUAGAUCAAUUUUCCUGUACAGAUGCCAGCAGGCACAGUGUCUCUCCUGUCAGCAGUCAUUUGACAUCCCAGUGGGAAUGAAAGAGCCUUGUUGUCCCGCUUCCAGAUUUUCACAGUUUGACUCUUUGCCCUUUGUCUCUCUGAAGGAGUGACUCUCGGUCCCCGGGGAGUGUGAGCUAUCUGCCUUCCUUCUUCACUAAGCUGGAGAACACCUCGCCUAUGGUGAAAUCCAAGAAGCAGGAGAUCUUUCGUAAGUUGAACUCCACUUCUGGUGUCGGUGAUUCUGAUGUUGGUAAGUGGGUCUUUUCUUUUCCUCUCCUUCCUGACUAACAUGCAUGCGUCAUUCAGAUGGUGGAUCAAUCUUUUUUUGGAUGUGUGUGCAUGCGAGACAUCGCUGUUUAAUCUUACAAACAUCAAAUGUAAUUAUGAUGUUUGCUGGAAUCAACAUUGUGGCGUCCAUGUUGCAGUAUGAUAUGUGGAGUAACCAAUCAGCAACAAGGACCUUGAGAGAUCUGGUUAAUUCUUUCCAGACUGACUUACAUUCAUACCUUUGUUCUCUGCUGUGCUGUUCUGACAAUCCUGAAAUCUGUGUUAGUACAAAUUCAGCACAUUCUGUCGUCAGAAAGUUUUUUGGUUUAGAGGAUGAAUAAAAUCCCAUCAGCUCAAAAACAAAAUGUUAAAUAUUGAAUGUCAAUGUUGCAGUCUUAAAAAAAAUGGUACAGCUGUUGUGUUGGGUUCAUGUUCUUGGUGUUAUAUCUGGUCAGUGUAUGUGGCAUCAUUCAAAGAAAAAUUGAUAUGUAGGGGAAAAGCAGAUUUUAUUAGUUACCUUUAUGUAUUAAGCUCAUAACACAUGUAUCUGUAACUGUUGAUUACUCCUGUGAUAUUCGCCCACCUUCUCACACCUUCUAUUUAAAGGCCCCUAGACCAGCAAGGGCUUUUGACUCAUGGUGCCAGUCUGGACUUCAUUUACUGUCACACAUUUAAUAUUUUUCGACUUAAUAAUUGUCUUGCAGGAAACGCACAACCAGGCACAGAGAUUUUCAACUUGCCAGCUGUUACCAGCUCCAGUAAGCAGCAGCGACACACAGAUAACUUCACAGUUCAAUUUGAUUGGUGUUUCCACUCUUAUUAAGUGCUUUGUUGUGAUUUCGUCACAUUAUAGGCAGCAUCAACCCCAGGAAUCACUCCUUCAGUGAUCCAGCCAGUAACCUGGGCCUGGAGGACAUCAUCCGCAAAGCCUUGAUGGGAAACUUAGAGGAGAGACAAGAGGAGCACCAGGGAGGAGUAGGGCCUAUCAACAAUGCACCUGGCCCAGGCGGCGACAGUCGCCAGGAGGCCAACCCAUCACCGAGUAUGGGUUAGUAUUAAUUACAUCUCAACACACGCACAGAGGAGGUGCAAUGUUUGACAUGUUGCUGAGUCACACAUUUAUGAAUCCACAGGGAAGCAGAAGCCAGGCAAAGCCAACAGCCGCAAAUCAAAGUCACCUAACCUGGGUCAGGCCUACACUGGAGGGGAGCGCCCAUCUUCAGUGUCCUCCGUCCACUCAGAGGGAGAUUAUCACAGACAAGCCCAAGCCCAACCCCAAUGGAGCUGGGACGACCGACCCUCAUCAACAGGUGAGCUGUAGAGUCUGGAGAAAAUGUCUCCAAGUCAAAUAAGAAUCAAGACUUCAAGACUUUUUUUUUUCAUUAUUUCUUUAGGAAAACAUUUCAAGCCACAACCAUGUUUUUUUUUUUUUUUUUUAAUUCAGUGUCUACCUGUUAAUUUUACCAUCUUUCCCCCCAAUUUGUUCGAUCUUUUAUUUAAUUUUGAGGCUGAGAAAAUAUUUUUAGAUCGAAAUGCUUUUUCUCUUCGGUUUUUGUCUUGAUGCCACUUUUAAUUUGUCAAAGUUCAAUUGAUUUAGUUGCUUUAAAGUGUAAUACCACAGUGUUUUAAAGCACAAUUUGAAACAUGAAAUAACAACUUUCUUUUAUUUGUAUUUUGCUCAGGAUCCAUGCAGUUUCCUUACAACCCGCUGACCAUGCGCAUGCUGAGCAGCACACCGCCCACUUCCAUCGCUUCCCCCACCAUACAGAGCCAGCAGCAGCAACAGCAGCAGCAGCCGCCUCAAGCUGGAGCCCCGGUGGCUCAGCAGCGCGUGUGGCAGUCUCUGCUGUCAGAGCAAUAUGAGACCCUGUCUGACAGCGACGACUGAGCACUGCCCGCCAAAGCCCCGAUAACCAGAGAAGAGGUCCGCGCUGAGGCUUGUCUGAUCGCCCCCCGACUCCGAGAACUAACCUUGUUCACAGGCGAGUGCAACAAGGAGAUGGGGUGGUGUCCAUUUUAUUUUUGGUGCUAUGGCGCCCCCUGGCUGUUUGCUGAGAGCACUAGCAGCAGCCUGUGACAGGCAGGGCUCUCCAGAACCAGACUUGCUUUUGGAAGCACUCACCCGGCCUGUCAAGGGGGGAAUAAACAAAACUCGACCGAGGGGACGACAUGAGCUAAAGAGAAGAUGAAGAACUUAAUAUGUAAAAAGAAACAACAUUAAAGACUAUUUCUGAAUUUUUUGUUUGAUUUCUGUAAAGAUAUCCUUGUCUUUAAGAAAAUCAUUGUAUGUAAAUAGAGUAACCUUUUGCAGUGUUUUUCUUAACUUGAUUAUUUCUUAUUUUAAUGUCGCUUUUAAAUUGAUCCACUUUAAAUGGGAAGAGUUGGGGUAUAAUCUUUAAUAUCACAGUUGGUCUCUCCCAGUCCACCCCCACCCUACAUCACCAGACACCCACUCUUAAUAUUUUUACCAUAGCGACGCGAAGAGAGACCAGACCUUUGGUUUGUACCUGUACUAUAAGUGGAGCAGAGAUCGUGCCGCCCUGCACGCCCUCCACCAAGCACCACCAGAGCCUGAACAUCGCAGACGUUUGAGGAUGAAACACAACACAGACUAACAUUUCAAACAGCAUCAGUAUUGGAUGCCUGUCUUCACCACACAGUGGGGAUGAUGCAUGGAUUGUAACUUCUCACCCCAAUCAAGACAGAGAAAUGUCUUCAAAACAAGUUGAGAACACUGGUGUCAUAGCAGAAAGGUGAAAAGUCUGAUAUAAGCUUAAUUUUUGCCGGAAACAAGAUAUCCUGAUGACUACUCCUGGACCCCGUCUGAAUGAUGAAAGUGAGCCAAUGUUUUUUUUUUUUUCUUCAAUAGAGCCAUGGUGUGUCACUUGUAGCUGUCUCUCUCUGCAGUUUCCAACCUGUCCAGAAUGAUCUGCUCUGCAAAUUGUCAUGGUAAACAACAAAAAAAGAGUCAGGUUUUGCCAUGCCUUGUGACUUGAGUAAGAAGGCAGCUUUAACUAAUUUUCUCAGAGAUAUUCGUUGGUGUUCGAUGUUCGUAUUUGUUUCUGUAGUCCCUUUUUUUUUUUCCUCCUUUUUUUUUGAUACUGUCCUGACAAAAAUCUGAACUCUGUAAAAUUGUCUUUCCAUUAUACAAAAAGACAAAACUAACCAAACAUAAAGAAUGGUCUGCACCAUUGUUGCACUUUUUUGCUUUGUAGCUUUUGACAAAAACAAAAAAAAAAAUCAUACUACCUGCUGUGUAACUUAUUCAACCUCCAGCACAGGAGUGUAUUAAGAUGUGCUUUAAGUUUUCCCACCACUCACAGAAAACUGGAUGUUUUCAAACGUCCUGUCUUUUCUUGUAGCUGGUAUAUGAUUAAACAGUGUGACACUUGCAUCACAGUUACAGUUUUGAGUGUACGGUACCGUUAAAUGUUUUGGAGUUUGCUGUCAUGGUGAUUCAAAUCCAUGACUACUUAAUCUCUGCUUACAUUGUGUCAAUCAACAGGCAUAAAGCUUUGAAAGUGGAUUAUAUACUAGGUCAACUUCAUAUAUGGCAGUAACGUUCCUUUGCUAGUCUUUUAUUACCUAUGUGAAAAACACCAUAUUACAGCUUUUUCAGCUUUCACUUGCUCAGUUAACAAAUCCAUUCAGCUCUUAACUUGAUAUUUCCUUUGUUUCUUUUAUUUUGCUUUUGAAUCAUUUGUCAUAGCACAUGUUCAGAUUUUUAUUUCCUGUUAUUUUCAACAUCUGUGUCAUUCAUCCCAUUAAAACUGGGAUGUUAUGUGUUUACAAAAGCAAUGACAAAAAAAAGUUUACAAACUUGAAUCUUAAAGAAAUCCGACAUGAAGCCGAAAAAGAAUUGGAGCAUCUUUUCAGCUCUCUAUCAAACAAACACACAGUGAUGACUUUUUUUUGUCUUUUUGAAAUUGAGACUUGAAAACCCGUGUAUCCUAUGAUGUUGAAAUGCAAUGUUUGUAUCGCACAAUGUCUCUUAGUAGGCUAUUACAAGAGUUCAGACCAAUCAAUAAAGUGGAUCAGUUCUCCACCACUGA